CUGGGAUUUGUUUGCGGAACUUUUCCAACCAUACAUCUAAUGGCUAAACUUGGAACGAACAUAAUUAAUCCUGAGUGACACUAUAAAAAGACAAUCCCUUUUGUCUGGACUGGCUUUACAGUUAACAACUGAGGGGGUCGAGGAAAGAACAGAAACAUGGUAUGUUUAUUGUAUUAUAUUCUUAGUUUCUUGUUUUCUCUGCUUUUUGAAUAGGGAGGUAGACAAUUAACUAGAAUUUGUGCUGAAAAUAUUGUUUUUUUAUUUCAUAUAAUAAGGCUGGCAUGAACAUAUAUGGUGUAUUACUACCGUACUUAUAUUACACUUAUAACUAUUUUUUUAAUUACCUUGUAUAUUUGACAAGUAAUACAACUUUAUUUUAUUUAAUUCAACUAUUUGGCUGACCUGAUCCAUCACUUCAGACUGUAAUUUUGGAGGAAUGCUUGUUGCAUGAGUUGAUGAAAUUCUCAGAAAAUGUGUCAUUAUUCUUUUGUAUACUGUUAAGAUUAGGUUCAUACAGUUUAAUAGCUUUAUGAAUAAAUGCAUGUCCCCCAUCAUCAUACAAAGUGUUUUGUUAUAUACAGAAUAAAAGGUUAAAUUAUGGUAUUAUGUUAUCAAAUGUGAUUCCAUUUUAGAUCACAUGCUCUUAGACUUAAAAUAUCCUCCCCAAGAUAGCUAUCUUCUACAUUUCACUCUAAUAUUGUUCUCAAAUGAAUUUUAAAUUUUUUUUGCCGUUUUUGUCUGGAUCAUAUACCGAUUAAGGAGUAAAUGCUGUAAUACCAAAAAACUGAUAAAUCGAAUUCAUUCAUUUUGAGUAUCAGAAUGAUCUGAUCUGAAAUCCAACAAUUAUUGUAUACCAUGUAGUAAAUGGAGAAUUGAGUUAUUUGCUUCAGUAUUUCUCAAAUCGUCAGGCUCCACAGAUAACCACAUCAUAUUCUACCGGGGAUUUUGACAUCAUGUGGAUGCUUGGUGGUGUUUCUUUAAGAUGGCUUUGAGAAACUGGACUAUAUAUGUAUAACAUGAUAUCCAAAACUAAUUUUAAAUAUAUUAUUGAUGUGUUGUACCUUAAAAUUAUCUUUUCAAAGUAAACCGAGUCUGACAUUACAUUUGCAUUUUGUUAAAACAUAUUAUUUUACAUUCUACGCCAAUAAUAAACCAAUAUAUGCAAACUAAGAAUUUUUAAAAGGUAUAAUAAUAAAGGUUGUGUUUUACCAUUAUGCAACAUUUUGUUUUAACAAUACCCAAUAGAAAAUCUGCAUAUGCACAAAACUGGCCGAUUGUUUAUACAUGCUUUAUAAAUUUAGUUUAGUGACCCCCCCCAUCAACCUUCCUCAGUAGUUUGUCCAAAUAGUAUUUAGGAGUUAUCAUCUGCUUCAGGGUAUUAUGUAAGUUCUUAGGCAGUAAUGUUUAUUUAUAAUUGAAUUCCUAAAUAAAGUUAUUCUUAGAUAUAAUGUGAUGUUAAUUAGUUUGUUCCUAAAUUUGUAUAGUCUUUGGGGAUAUAGUUUAGCAGAUAAAAUCUUUCCUUGUUUAUGCUUGGUUAUCAUUGGGAAGAGGAGAUUUUGCAGUCUCCACUUGUCAUGUGAAAAGAAAACAGUACAAAAAACAUAAAAAUGUGGUCUAAGCCUCUAUAAAGCAAAGUGCUUUAGAUAUCUAACAUCUCUUUGGUGUUUUCAGUCAGUGACAGCAAUAAGUCCAUCAAGAUCUUCAGCUCACCAUGUAUUUGAGAUAGUUAUAGAGUGUAAGGUUAAAGAAUGGAAAGGAGACUAGUUUUUUUAUUUAUUUAUUACUGGUAUUUAUAAAGCGCCAAAAUACAGGUAGAGGACCUUGCCCGAUAGACGAGUGUGGGGUAUAAAAAUCAGUGGCAUAUUUCAGUGGCAUAAUGUUACGUUAGUAUUUGACAGACUGGUAAGGAGUUGCCAUAUUGGAGGGUGGAAAUUGCAAGCACAAUGAUAAGUAUCUUUGUUGCAGUUUGCUAGAUGGAACAGAUCUGUAAAAUUUAGUUAAGAUGGACAUUUUAGGAUUCAAAGACUGGAUAAAGAGAAAAUGCAAGACCGUGAGUCAAAAAUAACACCAUGGCAGCAAACAUUGGUGUUGAAUGAGUGUCGGAGAGGUAGAAUGAGAACCAGGGAAAGAUGGUUCUGUGAUGACCAAAGUAGGUGAGGCUUUUAAGAAGGAGUAUAUGAUCAACAGUAUUACAUGCUGCAGAGGUUGUAAUGACCAUGGACUUAGUGGUAAAAAUCAUUAAUCACUUUGGUUAGGUCUUUUUCAAGAGUGCGGAGCAAUCAGAAACCAGAUUAAUAAGAGUCAAGUAGAGAAAUGGAUUUGGGAAAUUAUUCGGAGGUAUGUCUACAAGCCAUUGAAGAAGCUUUGUGGUGAAGCAGAGUUGAUAAGAGAUUAUAAUUAGAUGGAGAACUAAGGUUGCGAAAUUCCAGGUUUAGGAUGUAAGUGACUGUUGUAUAUUUGUUGGAAGUGGGGAAGAAACCAGAAGAGAGAGUGACUGAGGUCAUAAAUUAUUGAUGACACAAGUCUAGUGGAAAGAAAUCAGAUAAGGUGAGAAAGAAUGGCGAGAAUGAAGUGUUGAAAAUAGGGAAUUCGAUAACCUGCUAUUCCGUGAUUCGGAAGAAAGAAUAUAUCAUAAAAGAACAAAGAGUUGAAGUUGACCAUCAAAGGUAGUUUGAAAAUGUGAAAAUGUUGUUCCUUAUUGGAUCAGUUUGCCCAAUGGCUAGUCGGAAUCUGCUCCAGGUGUUUAUUUGGCCCAAUAACAUUUAUAUUUAUAUCCUACUCCAUUUUAGUCUGGACACUUCAGAACAACAUAUUUAGUGCCAUUUUUAUUAAACAGAAAAAAUCAAUUUCCAGGAGCAAAGAACAGACGGAUUUAUGUCAUAAUCGCUAAUCAGGUCUUGCAAUGCCAUAAAGUAAGUGCUACACACUUAGACCGUUCCUUCUUUCAGAACGUUUAAGAGAAUAUUCUGUCCAUUCUUAGAUAUUUCAUUUAGCAUUUUGCACAAAUGAAACUUUGUCCUGUAAUUAUAAAUAAUGACUUAAUAAAAUAAUCUGCUUCUGAGAUGGUGCAAGGUGCUUAAAGGGAUUUAUUUUAAGAAUCCAAAAUACAGUAAAUAAUACAAUCCAAUUCAGUUAUGUGUCAACAGGUUUUAUUGAGCCCUGAAGCAAAUAACCUUGAAAUACCAAGCUCCUGAUUGAAUAAUGUUCCACAAUACAAUUUACCGAAGCAUAACCUUUUAAGAAAAAACAAAAUAGACUAUCACAGGGAUGUGGACAAUUUAGAUGUAUUUUUUUCUUCAUCCAUAACAGGCAAUAAAACACCAUAUGUUGAUCGUUUCUGAGCAUGUAUCUCGUAGCAGCAUACCUCACAAGAGUUUAAAUGAACAAAGAGGGACACUUUAAUUUAAUAAAUGUGGGUGAGGUCAGGGGCAGGGCUAGCCUGUGGAAUUUUAAGUGACUUACUAAUACAAAUUUUUGUAACUAAAGUGUAAUUUAGAACAAGAACAAUGUAUCUUAUUUACACAGACUACAUUCUAAAUAAAUUUAUUGUAGCUUAAAGGACCACUAUAGGCACCCAGACCACUUCAGCUUAAUGAAGUGGUCUGGGUGCCAGGUCCAUCUAGGUUUAACUCUGCCUGCUGUAAAUAUAGCAGUUUCAUAGAAACUGCUAUGUUCACAUAUGGGUUAAUCCAGCCUCUAGUGGCUGUCUCAUUGACAGCCGCUAGAGGUGCUUCCACGCUUCUCACUGUGAUUUUCACAGUGAGAAGACGCCAGCGUCCAUAGGAAAGCAUUGAGAAUGCUUUCCUAUGGACUGGCUGAAUGCGUGCGCGGCUCUUGCCGCGCAUGCGCAUUCAGCUGAUGACAGAAGAAGAGGGAGGAGAGUCACCAGCGCCAAGGAAGCCCGGCGCUGGAAAAAUGGUAAGGGAUUAACCCCUUCCUCCCCCUUCAGCGCCACGGGAGUGGGACCCUGAGGGUUGGGGCACCCUCAGGGCACUACAGUGCCAGGAAAACAAGUAUGUUUUCCUGGCACUAUAGUGGUCCUUUAACCCCUUAAGGACCAAACUUCUGGAAUAAAAGGGAAUCAUGACAUGUCACACAUGUCAUGUGUCCUUAAGGGGUUAAAGGCACAUUACUGUGAGUAUUAUUAUUGUUGAGCUCUGUUAUACAAUCAGACACACCAACAACAAGGAGCUUCUAGAAAAGAGGGACAUAAGGAUAGAAAAGAAGGACAUUGAGAUUUGGGCCCAAAAUAAGGACUGGCCCUCUUAAAUAGGGACACUUGGGAGGUAUGUUUUUAAUUUGUAUAAAAUCUCUAUGAAUGCCAGUCUCUCUAUAUAUCUAGUUUUUAAAUGGCAUGUCAGGAUCAUUUUGCAUUGUCAUAACAAUUGCAUACCUAAAGAUAUUUAAAGCAAGUCUGCUUCUAACAAUUUCUAUCUAAUUUUGGACAGGUGCUUAGAAUGAAAAUCCAGUAUGAGUCCCUAUUAAUGUCCGUAUUGCUCAUCAGGGGAAAACUCUUUUAGAAGACUUCCAGACAUACUCCAAGUUGAGUCCCCAUUCCAAUCAAUGUAUAUUCAUCAUCACCCAAUGUUGAAACAAAGUCCAUGAAAAAGGGGAAACAUAUGGGAAUCACGGGGCAAGUAGGCAGGUUUUCUUAACGAGGCAAGUACAUUUUCACUCUGUCCUGCUCACUGCUUUAUGAAACAGUACACAUCAUGUCAAACAUAAGCAGACAUAUUGCACUUCCACUGUGUUUAGAUUGCAGUCAAUCUUCUUUUUUUUUUAUUAUAAUUUAAUGCAAUUUUCAAAUUAUGGGUACAAUUAAAAAAAAAAGGGUGAGGGGUAAAACAAUAAAUGAAGAUUACCAUCACCAUGGAUAGAUUCGAAAGUAGGUCCUACAAAGUCAGACAGGACUACAUUAUAACAAGCAAACAUGAUUCCCAAACACAUUUCGUGACACAUAGCUCCUGUAAGAGGGGGUCCAAACCCAAUGAUGCCCUAACUUGCCACCAAGAUGCUCACCCACUAUAGUCAUACUUGUUCUUGUAAAAGCUACAGUUAACAUCUUUUUCAUGGAGCCAUCAGUGGCAGGAGGAGUAGGCAACCCUGAUAUGGAGGUAAGGUUACUGGAGACAGAAGAGUGCUCGUUUUCUUACUGAUGUUUUCUUACUGUUUGUACCCCUAAGUGCCAAAGGUAUAGUGGAAUCUAUUGCAAUAGUAAUGCUCUAUUGUAUGCAUAGAGUUAUGCAGUUUAUACUGUUUUACAUGUUAUUUUCUGAGAUUGUUUCAUUAGAUUACUGAAACAUUUUGUAAUAAAUAUAUUAAACACUUGAGUGGGUUCCACAUAUCCCUUUCAUGAAAUCUCAAGGGUUAACCAAUUUAGGGUCUUCACAUGUAUGGAACUGCUAUUUAUGUUAUCCCUAUAUGUUUAUGUCCAUUUUUAACAGACUUCUUUGUAAACUAAAUCCAACCAUUUCUUUCCCUAUACAUUUUAUAAUUUAUCAGGCGUACAUGUAUUCUGUGGCACUGGAGAAUACCAUAUGCAUACAAACAAGUUGGAAUACAGUGACCAUAAACAUAAAGAUAAGGUUUUGGUAGCUUACCAUUUUUAUUGUGAUUAUUAUAUUAUAUUGUAGUUAUAUAGCUCCAAGAAAUUCUAUAGUUCUAAAUAUGAGAAUUAAAGGCACACACUUUUCAACAGUCCUGGUUCUGGAAUGACCAUCCCAAAUCUGGCGUCCUGUUCCACCUUGGUGUCCUGCACAUGGGGAAACCAAGAAUAUGUCCCUGACAUGUCCUUAAUCAACACAAUGCUAGUGCAUGAAUAGAUGAGCGAAUGCUAUGCAUAGUGCUGUCAGGUCAUUGAGCCCAGGCUUAGAGAACUUCAAGAUCACUCUACACAUGGGCUACAAUCAGUAGGACAUGCCAGGAUGACACACCCUUUUUUUUUGCGAUACGCACUCUUUUUCCACAGCUCAUUGUAGUUGUUAAAGUGUAAAGACUCUGUGGGUGCUAUCCUUCUAAUUAUUGAGGAUAGCACCCAAACUAUAUAUGAAACGUUCUCCAAGUGCCUACAGACCGUGUCCUCAGUUAAUGUGAAAGUGAACUUUAUUUCAUAGGGUUAGCCCCGUGUCCUCAGCUGUUCAUUACCACCCAAAGUUUCCACAUUUAUUUUUUUGCGGCUAUAAUAAAUCAGUUCCACAAUCUUUUUAUUGGCAUCAUGCUAACCUCAUGUUUACUCUAGGAGAAAAAAAAACAUACUCUGCAAAUGGUGAGUUACACCUUCAGGGUUAUUCACUCAAGUGAUAAUUCAAAGUGAAUUCAAGGUGAAUUUAGAAUUCAAAGGGACUAUAGUGACCAGAACAACUGCAGCUACAGCUACUACAACUACAGCAGGCUUUUUAAUGUAAGCACUGCCCUUUCAUAGAAAAGGCAGUGUUCACAUUACUGUAGGAACAGCUCUAGUGGCAGUCAUUCAGACGACCAUUCAAGGUGCUUUCUGGGUCAGUGCUACACAGUAAGCAGCACUGGCGUUCAGCAUUUCCAAGAGUGGAGACACUAAACGUUCCUCAAUGGAUCUCUAUGAGAAGAUGCUGACUGAUGCAGCAUAGCGUUUUACCGAGCAUGCGCAAUAGCCUCUCAAUGCUCUCCUAUGGGAAACUCUCCAAGUUUAAUGAUCUCAGCUACAGAGGCAGAGCCAGGUGACGCCAGCAGUAGCAAGACUGGCGUACUGGCGUAGCAUGGGGAAAAAGGAAUAAAAUCACCUUUUUACUACAAAGAGAGAAGGCCGGUGGCCUAAAUAGUUGUUUUAUUUAUUUAUAAAAUAUUUUACCAGGAAAGAUACAUUGAGAUUUCUCUCAUUUUCAAGUAUACUAUAGUGUCAGGAAAACAUGUUUGCGUUCCUGAUAUUGUAGUGUUCCUUUAAGGCCAGAAAAGCUGAUCUGAAAGCAUAGCUGACUCUAGUUUGGCUAUUCUAACCUUAAAUUUGAAAUUCACUUUGAAUUCACCUUGAAUUCUCACUCUAGUGAAUAUCUUUGCUAUAUGUCAUUGCUCAUGAUUUUUUAUGUCACUUAGUUUACUGAACCCCAUGAAGGAUUGUUUGGAUACUCUGUUAAAUACAUCUUUUCAAGCGUUAUAUAACAUAAAAUAUACAACAUAAAUAGGGUGAAUUCUCAAUUGAGAAUAAAAAUAAAAAAGAUUAAAAAAAUCCAUUCUUUUAACAUUACAGAAAUCAAAUCAAGCUGAGCUCUGUUCUUUUUCUUAUCUUUAUAUUUAUUCUUUUUUUUUUUUACAGUCCCUGAUACACAGAUGGAUUGAAAUGGAUAAAAAAAAAAAAAAAAAUGCUCCAACUAUAAAAUAAGUAUAUUUGCCUUAGCGGUAGAAGGAUGUGGAAAAAGCUGAUAAUUGUUUUUUAAUCCCCUAGAAAUGUUGAAGUAGUAAUUAUGUCAAAUGAACUCUGUCGGGAAUUUGUUCUUUCUGAUGUCUGAAGGGAUUCUUCAAUAUUAGAGAAAUGUUAAAGGCAUCGUAAUAUUUCAAAUACUUGGUAAAUCUACUUUCAAAGGAUUAACCCGGACAAAAGCAGUCGAGUGAAAAUAAUUGCACGUUUAGUUUGAGCUCUGGGAUACUGACAAACAGUAAUGACGUGUGCAGUGAAAGACCACACAAAACCUACUGGAGAAGUAAAUGAGUGGAGGCUGUUGUUUUAACAAGAACACUGGAAUGUAACUGUGGAUGACAUAAAAGUAUUUCUCUAUUUUUAUAUUCCAGUGAGCCCAGGGUGGGUUUAUUGAGCUUGGCGACACUUUGGAGUGAGCUGUGUAUGCAGAGGGAUUUAGGGGCAGUGAUUCAUGCGUCUGAAAAUAGAUGCUCUUCUGAUAAACUGUCUGGAACCUACCACCUGAGCUUUGAAAAUCGCAUACCGUUGUAAAAACAUCAGACCCAGGAAUAGUAAAAUUCUAAAAGAUUUUCGUUUUAUGUUUUAAGAAAUAUCUUACUUUGAAAAAAAAAAAUCCUCAGUGUUCAAUUAGUAUUGAAAUCCAAAUGCCUUUAACCCCUUAAGGACACAUGACAUGUGUGACGUCAUGAUUCCCUUUUAUUCCAGAAGUUUGGUCCUUAAAGGGUUAAAGGAAUACUAUGAUACAAUGAUUCUCUUUUCUAACCACGUUUAUCUUAAAGGUGCAAGCUAAGUUUAGGCUCAUUGUGACCUGGAUUGGGCUAAAACUAAUAGAGAUUAAGUAGUGCUAGAGUCUGCAAUAGGAAUAGCUGGACGGUAGAUUUUUAGAUGUUGCAAAACUACAACUCUUUAAUGAUGCUUUGCCAGCCAUCAUGGUAUUUGUAAUUUUACCAGACCACCAGCUGGAGGAAUACUUAGGGAACUAAAAGCUAGGAACACGAGUGAAUGGGCAGAUGGACUGUAGUUUCACUAUAAUGAUGAACAAUACCUCUGCAAUGUCCAUAAUUUCAAAUAAUAAUUGUAAUGAAAUCUUGACCUCAGCCAGAGUAUCUCCAUUAGUCUACCUCCUUGAAUAGCUCAGCUUUCCAGAAUGAUCAAAGCAUGUCUAGCAGUUUCACCAAACAUCAGCCAAGGCUUGAUGAAUGGUCAACACCAAGGACACUUUAGUAACACAAACACACAGUAUUUAUACAUUUAUAAAUAUGUAUUCACCCACCAGGGGGUGAUCAGCACAACAAUAUACAGUUCCCUCCCCAGCGCCAGUGUGUCUGGGCUUAUAAUUGUCUAUCCCCCCACUAAUUUCUCUCUAGACAGUGCCCCCUUUUGCAAAACAGAAUCCUGCAAAACCAAUACAUCCCUGAACAUCUCACCUCCUCAGGUACCCACUGGCCAAGCGCCCUGAUUCUACAUACAGUGUCCAAUUAUUACCUGGUUAAAAUAUGUCCAGCCACAAGUUCCGAUCUGUUGUAUAGUUCCAUGCAGCCAACAUAGACUUCUGCAUCUCACCCCGAUCUCUACCAGGAUACUACCUCAACCGGGUAGCUGGCAUCCUGGGCACUAGGGUAAGCUGCAACUGCUGGGGAAAGCUUAAGGAAUGGAGAAAAUAGUAUUUUUAGGUGCUUUUCAGGUUGUUCUGCGGCCGUGUUCAUAGUCUGUAGGCAGGAAGUUGGCCUCCAAGACACGCCAUGAGCUCCAUGAGCACCGAAAGUGCAUAUAGUGUAAUAUUGACAAAAUAAGAACGUAUUUAAAAAAAAAAAUAAAUCUAAAAUUGACUCUCACAUCAAAACGGUACACCAAUAAUAAAAAUGUAAAAACAGUAUAUGUAUAUAAAUGCAUAACAAGACUUCACUGUUGGCAUAAUUAUUUUUUUUGCAAAGUGUUUUCUCUUCUCAAAAUUUAUCUUAAAUUAUUGGAAUAUACUUGUAUAUAUACCCUGUUAACUGGGAAAAUGUUUCUCAAUUCUUAUUUUAUUUCAUUUUUUAUAUUUGUUAUUUUUUACUCUUUUGCACGGCGAGCAAAUCUCCCUACAUCCCUAUUUAAAAAAAUUGCAUUCGGUUUAAUCAUUACGAUUGGUCUUUAUUUAAUUACUCUUAAAGAUAUGAAAGUUAAUUCUUGGUGAUGAAGUGGGUUGAAUUACUGUGUGUCUCUGUCAAGGCAAACUCAUUUAAGUAAGAGAGAAAUUUGUCUCUAUAAAAUCUAUUCUAACACAAAGCCUCCUUUAGACUCCUUGGAGAGCGAACGAAUACUUUUUUGUUCUUUACACAUCUAUCGCCCAUAGAGGUUACAAUGACAUUUUGCAAUGACAUUCCUUAGCCACCAUAUCCCUUGUGAUAUAGAUUGUGAUAAUCAAUUGAUCAUCUGGUCAAUUACAUGCAUAUUUGCUGUCCCUUGAAUUGGCUGGAAGACAUGUCAUUCAGCUUCUUGAACUGGAAGAGACCACGGCCAGGGGACAACUUUAUCUUUCUAAUGUACAUUAAUGUCAGUAGAAAUCCUAGAGAGCAUAACUUCACUGGACUUAGAACACUUUUAAUACACUCUAGCAGACAUGGGAAGCACACGGAAUUAAUCUAAGCUGAGCCUUCUUCAGCUCUCAUAUAUUCCCUUUCUAUAAUUGUAAAGUAUUGGAAAUAUGUUGGAUAUAGAAAGACCAUUAUUGUAGGACCGGAGCGAUAUUGCUAAUUUGUAUUGUAGGAUAAUGUUGGACCGGAGAUAUAUUGCUAAUUUGUAUUGUAGGAUAAUGCUGGACCGGAGAGAUAUUGCUAAUUUGUAUUGUAGGAUAAUGUUGGACCUGAGUGAUAUUGCUAAUUUGUAUUGUAGGAUAAUGUUGGACCGGAGCGAUAUUGCUAAUUUGUAUUGUAGGAUAAUGUUGGACCGGAGAGAUAUUGCUAAUUUGUAUUGUAGGAUAAUGUUGGACCUGAGUGAUAUUGCUAAUUUGUAUUGUAGGAUAAUGUUGGACCGGAGCGAUAUUGCUAAUUUGUAUUGUAGGAUAAUGUUGGACCGGAGAGAUAUUACUAAUUUGUAUUGUAGGAUAAUGUUGGACCGGAGAGAUAUUGCUAAUUUGUAUUGUAGGAUAAUGGUGGACCGGAGAGAUAUUGCUAAUUUGUAUUGUAGGAUAAUGUUGGACUGGAGAGAUAUUACUAAUUUGGCAGGGGAGCUUUCACUUUAGCAAUAUCUGAAAUGAGAGGCCAGAACUCACCAUUCAUGUUAAACCUCUUGAAUAUGGGGACACAAAGCUGUGGGCUGGCAUAUGGGGACUACUCUUUCCAUAAAUACUAGAAUUGUGCACAAAAACUAAAAUUUAGUUUGGGUAGUCCGAUAGUCAUCCAUAUAGCAGUUUGACUUGUCUGCAUAUUGUCCAUACAAAUAUUCUGGUAAACUAUUUGGGUGAACGAACAAAAAAAGUGCGAAAAGGGGCCAAUCGAUGUAAUACUUACAUAAUAUAUUAUAUUUUUCACAACAUUUAAUUCGCAGAUCAAGUUAGAAAAAGUAACCAACAGAGGGAAAAAGAGGAGGCACAAUUAAACAUCUAUACUAAUAUAUUAUGCAUUUGUUAAAAGCUUUAUUAUUAGCUUUAGCAGCACAGAGGGCAUGGGUUGUUGGGGAUUAUUGUUUAGCAUUAUAACAUUAAAAAUGGUUUAAUGCUGAAUGGAAGGAACAGCUCCAUGGAACUUGCAGACACUAUAACCACUUCAAUGAGAUGAAGCAGUUAUGGUGUCUACAGUGUCCCUUUAAGGAGAAACAGAAACUGUAUAGCAUAAAACUCUAUGCCUAUUUGUUACACAACAUUUAAAUAGCCCAAACUGCUCACAUUCUAAAAUGCACUUCAGAUGCAGAUAUCACACAUGAUAAUAAAAACACCAGUUUCUUUCAAAACCUUUCGAUCUGACCCAUUUUUCUCCUUAGACUUUUUCAAAAGUUUCCUGGACUUUCUCAAGCUAUUUCUUAACCUUGAAUCUCAGAUUCACCAUAUGACUGUUCUCAACAGCUCAGCCAUGGUGCUGUCACACAUUGAUGUUCUGUGGCAUCAAUGACUUUACAAUCUUUUGUUUAGAAAGCUAGAGUUUUCAAAGAUUUUGUGACUUUCUCUCUUCGUUGUCUUUUUGUUGUGCAAUACGACUUUUUAUCGAAAGAAGAAGAGAUAAGCUACUAACAGGCAAACAUUCUGCUAUGCUUCUUCCAGGUAACAGGUUUCCAUAACACACCAAUCAAGUCAUUAAACCACUCCUCACCUGAAUUCAUUUAACACACUGCAUCCUUACAAUGGUUUAAACACUUAUUAAUAUUGUUAUUGAUAUUGUGUGUUUGUAUAUAUGGUCUACAUAUAUAUAUAAUACACAUUUUCUCUAAUGUUCUCCCUUCUAUUUUUCACAUUAACACUAACUUCUGUCAUUACUAAAAUAUCCCUAUCCUUUCACUCACCUGUCCCUGGCAACACCAUCAUCAUUACUUCCACCUUACUCCCCUCCCCUCUCUAUUCAUCCCAUGCACUCUACACAUACCUUUCCAGCCUAUCUCCACCGACUCUUUCCAAAUCCUCCACAUACAUACCCUCCUACAAAACUUUCAAAUCCUACUCCCACCUUCACUUCCUUUCUAUCCUUCUGCUCCUAGCAGCUGGUGAUGUCUCUCCAAACCCCGGUCCCCUCUCAACAAACUCAGCACAUACUAACCCAAGGAUCCACACUAAUCUCAUACCCAUCUCUUGUUCCUCUAAAUCCUCCUUCAAUACUGCCCUCUGGAACGCACGCUCUGUUUGCAAUAUAACUAAAUCCACUGCUGUCCAUGACUACUUCAUCUCUCGUUCAAUAGAUUUACUAGCCUUAACAGAAACCUGGCUCUCCACCUCUGACACUGCCACGCCUGCAUCUUUGUCCUUCGGUGGUCUCCAACUUACCCACACCCUAAGAAACUCUGAAUGUAAAGGUGGUGGUGUUGGGUUUCUCCUCUCCCCUCACUGCUCUUUUAAACCUCUUCCCACCCCCCCCUUCCCUCUCUUUCCCAUCAUUUGAAAUACACUCAAUUCGCCUUUUCAAACCCUUUGCUGCUAACAUUGCUGUUAUUUACCGUCCACCUGGUUCCCCUCUUCUCUUCCUUGACCAUUUUGCUGCCUGGCUACCCUAUUUCCUCUCUUCUAACAUCCGAUCCCUAAUUCUCGGGGACUUCAAUAUUCCUAUAAACCCACCUUUGACCUCUGCAGCCAAUAAACUACUUUCAAUUACUUCCUCCCUCGGGCUAUCACAGUGGGCAAAUUCUCCCACCCAUGUAGCUGGCAAUACCCUUGACCUAAUCUUCACUUAUGCAUGUACGGUAUCUAAUAUCUGCAACACUCCUUAUCCUCUCUCUGAUCACCACCUCUUAUCGUUUGCUCUCACGUACCCCCUCACCCAACAACCUCCGCCUAACCAGCCUCAACUCAGGAGGGACCUUAAUUCUCUUGAUCUCCAACAGUUGUCAGCUGACAUUGAUUCACAACUGCUGUCCAUCCCUUCCCUAUCCUGUCCUUCACUGGCCAUCUCCAUAUAUAACUCUACUCUUACAUCUGCCUUGAACACUGCAGCGCCACUCCAAACAAGCACCUCAAGGAGGACCCGCCCCCAACCGUGGCAUACUAAAUCAACGCGCUACCUGCAAAGAUGCUCCCGGUGUGCUGAACGCUCCUGGAGGAAGUCUCGCACCCAGUCAGACUUUCUCCAUUAUAGAUUCAUACUGUGUUCAUACAGUGCAGCCCUUGCCCUUGCCAAACAGUCCUAUUUUUCCUCUCUCAUUAGUUCAUGUUCCCGCAACCCCAGGCGUCUCUUUGACACCUUUAAUUCUCUUCUUCGCCCCGCUGUGGCCACCCCCCAAACCAACCUUACUGCUGAUAACUUUGCAUGUUACUUCACUGACAAAAUUGAACAGCUAAGGAAAGAAUUCUCCCCUCCUUGCCUUUCUGUUUCUCAAUCACACAUUGAUCAUGCCUUUCCUACCCUUCAGACAUUCUCCCCAGCCACUGACCAAGAGGUGGCUGCUCUUCUUUGCUCCUCUCGCCCCACCACUUGCCCGCUCGAUCCUGUCCCGUCUCACCUUAUCAGAUCUCUCUCCGCUUGUCUCGUGCCUUCUCUAACACACAUCUUCAACUGCUCGCUCUCUUCUGGCAUCGUCCCUGCUGACCUUAAACAUGCCACUGUAGUACCUAUACUAAAAAAAACAUCCCUUGACCCGUCCACCCCCUCUAACUACCGUCCCAUAUCCCUGCUCCCUUUUUCCUCAAAGCUUCUGGAAAGACUUGUCUUUACCCGUGUGUCUCAUUUCCUCAAUUCCAACUCUCUCCUUGACCCCCUUCAAUCUGGCUUCCGCCCUCUCCACUCUACAGAGACUGCCCUUAUCAAAGUUACUAACGACCUAAUCGCAGCUAAAUCCAAAGGCCACUACUCCAUACUAAUUCUUCUUGACCUCUCGGCGGCCUUUGACACCGUUGAUCAUGCUCUCCUUCUUCAAACUCUGCAAUCGCUUGGUCUCUGUGACUCUGUCCUCUCGUGGUUUUCCUCUUAUCUCUCCCAACGCUCAUUCAGUGUCUCUUUUUCUAAUGAUACCUCCUCCCCUCGCCCUGUCUCGGUUGGAGUCCCCCAAGGCUCCGUCCUUGGUCCCCUUCUAUUUUCUCUUUAUACUGCCUGUCUUGGCAAACUUAUUACCUCAUUUGGUUUCCACUACCACCUGUACGCUGAUGACACCCAGCUAUAUCUCUCCUCCCCGGACCUCUCCCCUGCUGUCCUGCAACGUGUCACUGCUUGCCUUUCUUCCAUCUCUGACUGGAUGUCCUCCCGCUUUCUGAAACUCAAUCUCUCAAAAACUGAGCUCCUUGUCUUUCCUCCUCCUAAUACUGAUCCUCCUCUUUCGCUCUCCCUUCAAGUUUGUGGUACCAACAUCAGCCCAUCCUUGCAAGCGCGCUGUCUUGGCGUCAUACUUGACUCUGGUCUCACCUUUGAGCCUCACAUCCAGCAUGUUGCCAAAUCCUGUAGAUUCCAUCUUAAAAACAUAGCCCGCAUCCGCCCCUUUCUUGCACCAGAUACUACCAAGGAGCUUGUCCAUGCUCUAAUAAUUUCCGCAUGGAUUAUUGUAACCCUCUCCUGCUUGGUCUUCCCAAAAGCCGUACUGCACCCCUACAGUCUGUAAUGAAUGCUGCUGCUAGACUGAUUUUCCUCUCUAGUCGGUUCUCUCACACCUCACCCCUCUGCCAGUCCUUACAUUGGCUUCCUGUGUGCUAUAGGAGUCAAUUCAAGGCACUAACUCACACCUAUAAAGCACUGAACAACUCUAGCCCCUCUAUAUCUCCUCACUGAUCCACAGGUAUGUCCCUUCUCGGUCUCUCCGCUCUGCCCGUGACCACCUCCUGUCCGUUGUCCGCACCCGUACGGCCAACUCGCGCUUGCAGGACUUCUCGCGGGCGGCUCCCUUCCUAUGGAAUAGCCUGCCUACCGCCAUCCGACUCUCCCCUAGUCUUGCAUCUUUUAAGAAGUGCCUUAAAACCCAUCUCUUUAGGAAAGCCUAUGGCCUCCAAGACUAACCCCUACUCACAUACCCGUCUCUUGCCCUCUCCUAAAGGGCAGCCCACCUUUUUUUGAUUGCACAUUCCUGUCCUAAUGUGUCUUACACCCCACCUCCUAUAGAAUGUAAGCUCGAUUGAGCAGGGUCCUCUUCAACCUAUUGUUCCUGUAAGUUUAUUUGUAAUUGUCCUAUUUAUAGUUAAAUCCCCUUUCAUAAUAUUGUAAAGCACUACGGAAUCUGUUGGCGCUAUAUAAAUGGCAAUAAUAAUAAUAAUAAUAAUAAUAAUAAUAAUAAUAAUAAUAACCCGAAGUCACAAAUUUGCCUCCAAAAGUAUCAAUUUGCAGGGAAUUAAGGCUCAAUUUUACAUUUAAUUAUUUGCAAAUUUUGACACAUAACUUCCCAAGAAAUGGGCCUAUAGAGAAGAGUCUCCAUGAAUUUCAGGGCAAGAAUAUUAUGAAAAUAACUUCAGACUUUUCCAACCUGAGAGGCGUGUGAUAGUAUGUAAAAAGUAUGUUUACAGGAUUCAUUUACAUUAUGUAUUCACCCGACGGACUAUCAAAUAGCAUAUUCACAAAUGUUUCCUUCAAAGAGAAAAUUAAUAAAGCAUUACUAUUAAUAAAUAAUGGAUCAACCAGUCAGUCAAAAGCUUUAAAGCCUCUAUACCAAGUUAUAUUUUAUUUGUGUUCUGCAUAAGGGAUACAUACAUUUUUCACAACAUUUCAAUAAUUCCGUCUCAAUACCUUAUCUGUGAAGGACAUACUAUUUUAUACACAUAUACGGUCUAUGUCAGAACUACUCAGUUAAGAAGUUGAACAAUUAAAAUAAUAAACUCAAGUCUUUUAGCUUUCAGUAAAACGAUAACUCAUAACAAUAGAAAGCAUUUCAGCCUCUCUUUUCCCAUCCUCCCUCAUCUAAAGAUUAAGACUCUUGGCUCCUUCGGAUAGAUCACACACCCUCAUCAAUCACUUUCUUGCACUCAAUAUCUGUUUAAAGUCCAGAUGUUUAAUUUAUGUUAGUUUAUGAAAACAGUGCAAUUAAAUAAAAGUAUCGCAUGAUUGUAAGGAGUAAAAACACUCUUCCAGCAGUUUUAUUAAGUAUAAAUGAUGCACGUUUAAUAAAACCAUACUUAAUUUAUAUUUAUAUUUUUGGUGAAGGCUUAUACCCUGUAAAGCACAUAUUUAAAUUUAUUUCUAUAGUGAUAUCCUGGGUCCAAAAUCAUUUGCAGCCUAAGCAAUGUAAUUGGUUAAUUGUUUAUUAAAAAAGAAAAAUAAUAAAAUAAAAAAAUUGUUGACUUAAAGUAUUAAGUCGAGCCAGCUGAAAUCACAAAAUGUGUGUGUUCUACACAUGAAUGUGUGGCUAUGCGGCAGUGUCAUUAUCUGUGUGUGUAGCCUGAAAGGUUCGAGAGCAUUGAAAGGUUGCGUUUGGAAUUUUAAUGGUUCAAAUGUGAAGUUUAGACUUGAAAUUAAACUGAUCUGUAUAAAGAAUAUUUUACUUGGAGAGUAGAAAUAUCUUGAAACUUUUUCACCCAAUUUUCUUUUCUUUUUUUUUAUAAAUUCCAUCCUAUAUGAGCUAGUAGUUACCCCCAAAGAUUGGUAAUAUUAUUAUGUUUCUAAGCUUGGCUAUUUUAGCCUAAAAUUUGCAAAUUGGGUUUUUAUUUCACUAUAAUCCACCAUCUAGUAUAUAAACCCAAUGGUUCUCACAUUAGAAAAACAUUACAUUUAACAUUUGUAAUUAUUGUUUCAUAGAGUGGCCAUGUGACUUGAUAUAAAGAUAUAGAUUUUUUAAACUGAUGUUAUCAGUAGAAUUAAAAUAUGCCAAAUAUAUAUGUCUGAUAAUAUUAGUAAAAUGAUCCAAAUAAAGCUGAUAUGGUUAGCUAUAUUCAUCAGAGCCUGACUACCAUGUUGAGCAGAAGUACUUUGACUAAGCUUCUAAAUUUUUGACUCAAUUCUUCUCAUAUUAAGCAUAUGAACAGCUUUUUUUAUGACCCAGUCAGAAUCCCUGGUUCUUAGAAGGGCUGAGGCACAGCUUUAGAUUUUUGAACUUACCAUUCAUUUCUGUGUCUCAGCAUCUGCGGCCUAGUCAUCUGUUCUCUGCUCCAGCAGACGAGCAGGCCGAUCCCCGGUUUGUAGCUCAGAUGCUUAGAGUGGCAUAGAACCACUAGAAUCCACCCCCUCCCCCCAUCCAGUUUGGACCGGCAAUGAACUCUACACAGUACCUCCUGGACUUAUAACAUCUCUCUGUUGCAGCUGUUCUUCUACUGCCACAAAAUGACAGAUGCCCCCACAAAGUGUGGACAGGUGGUCUCUGAUUCAACAAACUCCCCCAAAGGCAGGCUAGUCACUCUAGACUGACUCAGUGCCUGUUUCUGGGAUACCUUUGCCAGGUAUUGUGAUUACAAUGAGACAGACUCUAAGGGCCUUGUGAAGCCUAACAAGAAGUCAUGGGUGUGGCACAAUCUGAGUCAUCUUGGAAUUAUUGACUAGGUUAAAUUAUGUCUCCAGGACAGAGAACUGAAACUAAUGUGGAACGUGAAAUGGUUCUACCAGUUUCUUCAGCCAACCCUACAAUACUUUGUGGCAGCAAUCUUGCCAACUUCUGCUUGUUGUUUUCAAAACCCAGUGCUGUUCUGAGAGACUGGAUAUCAGUUGACUCUGUCCCUUAGAUUUGUUCCUCUCAAGCUGCCGCAUUUAUGCUCAUUAGCAUUUCUAUUGUCCAGUUAACUAUUAUUUGAUGUCAUUUUUUUAAUUUUCUUUGAUAGCCCAAGUUACUCAACAGAUAUCUCUGCUUAUAUUUCUCGACUCUGUAACGGUGGGAAAGUCUCCUAUUUCUGAAGCCAAUAUUGUUCUUCUGUGCCAUGUACAACUACAAUAUGUAUUGCUAUAAUUUGUUGUGAUUGCUAAUUUUCUUUGUCUAACUUAAUAACACCUCAGUGAAACAAUGUUUGACAAUAUAUGACUAAUAAUCUUUGGAACGUGUUGUAUAAAUAGGCUUUUUGGGUUAGUGCAUCACUUGCCAAACAGGUCCAGACAAAAACCAAAAUCUUUCCAUUGCUGUAUUUUAAUAAUUUUCCUGCAACUUUAUUUGGUCUAUAAGUGGCUUCUGUAUAAACUAUAUUUAUGAUUAUUAUUUAUGUUAAAGUUCUGUUCUUUACUUUUAGUCUCCAAAGAAGGCAAAAAAGAGGGCAGAAGGAGCAAGUUCUAAUGUAUUUUCCAUGUUUGAUCAAAGCCAAAUUCAGGAGUUUAAAGAGGUAAUUAAUUCACUUGUUUUCACUAGACUUGCAAAACUCUCUACAUGCCAAUCAAAAAGCUUGUACAACAGUCUUUUAAGGGGUACUCUAAGCACCAUAAUCACUACAGUUCAGUGUAGCAAGUAUGAUGCUAUAAGUCUAUGCGUGCUUUCCCCUAUUACUUUAUCGAACCGUUUUUGUAGUGGUCUAAUCUUUUUAGCCACACUGAUAAUGCACAAACCACAAUUAUUCACUUACCAGAGUUAACUUUAUCUCUUGUAAAAGAAUCCAAAUUUUGCAAGUCUGUCAACACAACAGCAGUAAAUAUUGCCCAAAAAUCUUUCAAACAUAUUUUACAAUAGUAUACAACUGUCAAAGUCUGUGCGAUACAUGUCUCAAAGAAAAUGGGUUAAAGAGCAUAUAUAUUAAAAUGUUUGAAAAAAUAUAUCUCCAUUUAACCAUAAAAAACAAACAAUAUUCUACUUCAAUCAAUUUAUGAUUUUAAAAGCAAGAGAUACACAAUAUUUUGUUUCAGCGAUUUUGUUGACUCCUGCUUGUUGUUUUUGGACAAAGUCCACUCCAUCAAUAUUGAUUCCCAUAACCAGGCACUUGUGAUUCUAGAAUGGUUUGCUAGAUCUGAAAACAUUUAUAGUGCUGUACUUGCAUUCUAUCUUACUAGUUGCCUCAUUCCCUUCAUGGUUAAUGUUGGCUGGAUUGGGCAAUGCUGGCACACAUCCAGAAGAAUAUUGUGCCUAACGUUCAUUUAGUCAAGGGAACGUUGGCUGGAUUAAUUCUAUUUUAAUUAAACCCCCUGCCAAGAUAUAUUAGCAUUCUAAAAGCGUUUAAUUCACAAUGGCUUUGUUUAUUGCUUAUUUUUAACUGAAAGUGAAAUGUGUCACAGACUGUAAGAGGCGAUCACAGUGGAUGAGAAAUGCAGUAACGAUGAUGAACUAAUGCUGUGCUCUUUUCCUGUCGCUAGGCUUUUACUAUCAUGGACCAGAACAGAGAUGGCUUCAUUGAUAAAGGAGACCUGAGAGAUACAUUUGCUGCUCUGGGUAAAAAGUGAUAUCUAAAUCAAAUUCACAUGCUCAAGUAUGUAACAAACUAUUAUACUUAAACUAAAGCUUCGUGAGUCAAAGGAGAUAUGUCAAACUCAGUGAGCCAAAAGGAAAGUCUGACAAACUGAUUUAAUGUGAUCGUCUUGUUUAUUGGCUUGGAAUCUCUCUUUAUACUGACUUGUGUUAUUCAAUUUUAGUCUAUCAAGACAUUCAGUAUAGCUGUAAUGGCAUAGGUAAACAUAUUUUUCUGAUAAAAUUGCCCUACAAUCUUAGCUUUUUUAUAUUCCACUUUAACAGGCAAUGUUUGGAAAGCUGUUUCCUUGCCAGGAAAUAUUGGAGAUGACCACACUUUAUAUGUCAGGGUCAAUUUACUAGCUCGAAUUGAAACUAGCAUAACUCAUAGAAUAAUAAAAGAAACUCCAUUCUAUCUAGUAAUAACUCGUGUGCUGAGUGCAUUACACCACCUUCAGUUUUUUUCUUUGCACAAUUACUAGUUUAUAGUGCAAAUGUGGCUGGGCCCCCACCAAUUCUUUUAGAUAACAGUGUGACCAAUCAUGCACUCCAAGCAUCAAAACCAUUAGUGCUUAUUGUAGUGGACUAUUGGUGUAGCUACAGUUUUUCGUUAAACUUUUUUCAAGUGUUUUAACAAAAAAUGAAGGAUUCCUGGAACGCAAAGCACACUUUCUUAGAAUAAGACGUUGUUAUUAGAGAGUUUAGCAGGCAAGUGUUUGUAUCAUGCAGUGAGGGACUAUAAUUUAAUCCUCGGGUACUGUAGGAUUCAGAUAUGUAAAAUAGUUACACGUUUACAACCAUUUUGAUUCAGUGAAAUAAUCAUUCCAGUUCCACAGGAUUCACAUCGGGAUCCUGUGUCCAUUAGUCAGCUCUGUAAAGGCUGGUGGUGAUUUGGCCACUCUAAUAUGGCCGCAGUGUUUACAGACACAUAAUAUUCUCACUCUAUACAGGCAUUUGGAUUCAAACUUCCUCAUUUUAAUAUCUCAAGCUAAAUGGUGAUCUUUUGGUGCUGAAGAAUUUUUAUCGUCAAAAGCCAGAGUUGCUGUGCUCUAAGACUUCAGGAUAACCUCUACAAAAAAGCUGUAGUGGUUAUGGUACUUGGAGUGUUCCUUUAAGAUCAGAUCAUGGAACUACGGUAAUUAGACUGUAAACGUUGUUUAAUUUCUCAUGUUAGUCUUAAAAAGAUUAUAAUAUGUUUAAGUGUAGGAAUAUUAAAUAUACCUUUAGCUUCCCUUUGCCUCUUUAAAAUAGUAACUCAGCGGGGUAAUAGCAUGUAUUGUAGUGCAGCACCUUUACUUCAUGAAUAUUCCAGGUGAAGAAGAUGAUAUUCUUGUGUUUACACUCCUCUUCUACAGGCCGAAUCAACGUAAAGAGUGAAGAGCUGGAUGACAUGGUCAAAGAAGCACCUGGACCGAUUAACUUCACAGUCUUUCUUACAAUGUUUGGAGAAAAAUUAAAAGGUACACACAGAAUCAACAGUGAAUAAUGCAUAUAUAUGUGAGCACACUCAACUUCAACUUAAGGUGAAAAAUGUGUCAGUCUAAUUCUAUUCUCAAAACAACAGCACAUGGAGAGACAAAAUAGUAUAAGAACAGCCAAGUGCAAACCAUAUAAACAUUCCUUUAAGUGCUUUAAAUAUUCAAAUGUAUAUAGAAUACAGAAUGCACACUAUAACAAUCUCAAAAAAACUUAGCUUUAUUGUGUACAAAAAAGUACCAGAGUGAAAACAUAUAAGAAAAAAUAAACAAAGUGACAGAAGCAAGGGCAAAUACAAUAAAAUUAUAAUAAAUUACCACAAAAAUUCUUACAAGCUUCAAGACAGGUACCCUUGAUAAAGGCAGCCAGUUGGUGCCGAAACGUUGGGGGGGUGGGGGGGGUUUGGUGACUCGUGUUUCUGUCUUGAGGCUUGUAAGAAUUUUUGUGGUAAUUUAUUAUUAUUUUAUUGUAUUUGCCCUUGCUUCUGUCACUUUGUUUAUUUUUUCUUAUAUGUUUUCAUUCUGGUACUUUUUUGUACAUAAUAAAGCUAAGUUUUUUUGAGAUUGUUAUAGUGUGCAUUCUAUAUUCUAUAUACAUCAGUCUAAUUCUAUGAAAUGGAAAAAGAGACAGCUCCUGAGAAUUAAGGUAGUAUGACAUCACAUACUAUUGUCAAUAUUUUUUUAUUUAAGAUGGCAUUAGUCACGCCCCCCUUCCCUGUUAGCAUGCAGCAAUAAAGUAUUGGUUUUUGAAUGUACGAGGAGUGAGUUUAAUGAGGAGUGGGGCUGGCAUGCACGGCUCUUGGCAAGGUGUGUGAACAAACACCAGGGCCGGAUUUACCCUCCUUGCUGCCACAAGCCCAGUUUUCUCAAUGCAACCCCCAACCCAUAUAUAUUUAUAUAUAUUGUGGCACAGUCAGAGAAGCUUUCUAUGCAAGUAACAGAUUGGAGCGCUCUCUAUUCCCAGCAUGAUGGGGUUAAUUGGUGGACAUCAGCCCUUUCAGGUGAAUGUAAUUAAUCUGCACUAGGGGUUCAGCCUCUUAAGGCAUUGGGGAGUCGAACAGCUGGGAGAGAGGAGGGAGUUAAGCUUGAGACCCUAAUACUCUAAAGGAAAAGGUACUGUGUAAAAGCCUGCUUGAAGUGCUGUGUUUAAACGGUUUAAAACUGGGAACUGGAUUAGCUGGCCAGUUGGAUAGUUAGGAAUACUGCUGUUUAGUAACUCUCCAAGUUGGAGUAGGAUUUAUUUUCUUUUUGUUUUAUUUAUUUAUGUCAAGCACAGCAUUGUAUAACCUGUGGAUGGUGCAAAUAAACUGCAGUACUAUUCUAUCGUAAAGCUUGCAUUUGAAGUUUACUGUCAAGAGCCUUGCCAUCCUGCCACAAUAUACAGUAUAUAUAUAUAUAUAUAUAUACAUAUAUAUAUAUAUAUAUAUAUAUAUGCACUAAUGCGAUUAGUUUGGGAUAUGAUUGAAUGUAAUAAGUGCUGGGAGUGUGUGUGUGUGUGUGUGUGUGUGAAGAAGCUGGGUAUGGAAGAUGCUUGCGGUUUUGUGUUUGUGGGAGGAAGCUGCUUGUGAUGUUGCAUGUUUGUGGGGAUGCUGUUGGUGGUGUAUGUUUGUGCGGAUGCUGCUUGUGGGGUUGGAUUCUUGAUUUAUUGCAUUUGUGAGGGUAAGUUACGUAUGGUGUUUGUUUCUGGAGAUGCUGCUUGUGAGGUUAUGUACAUUUGUGGGGUUGUGUACAUCCAUAGACAUGAUGCUCGUAGGAUUGUGCAUGUGGGGGGCUAUGUGCGUGUUUGGUUGCAGGUGUAGAGGGAAACAUGCUUGUAGGGUUGCCUGUGUAUGUGGGAGGGAGGCUGUUAUAUGUACAUUUAAAUAGGGGCUGUAUGUAGAUAGGGGCUGUACUGUGUGUUGUUGAGUAUCGGGACUUAGGGUGUGUUUGGGGGGAUAUGGGCAGCAAGGCGUAUAUAGGGAGGUAGGUGCAGUAUCGUGCAUUUAGGGGGAUAUAGGCUAUAAUGUGUGUUUGUGAAGAAAUUUGGGGCUGCACGGUGUAUGUGAGGAAAUUGGGGCUGUAGUAUAUGUGUAAGGGGGGAAUAAGGGCUGUAGUGUAUAUGUUUGCAGGAGAUAGGGGCUGUAAUGUGUGUUUGGGAUGAUAGGGGCUGUUGUGUGUGUGUGUCUGUAUUGAGGUUGAGAAAGGUGCUGUAGUCUGGGGGAAAGGGUCUGUGAUGAGUGGGAUAGGGCCUAUAGUGUGGAGAUACGGACUAUAGUACGAGGGCUAGGGGCUAUUGUGAAGGGACCAGUAGCCACCUCUUUUGACUACAAGGACCCGUGAGGAACCCAUUUGAAUGGAAUAGCAGCAGCUCAUAGUUGUGAGGCAACCCCUUUUUUAGAUGAACACCACUAUAGUUUUGGGCGACUUAAAUCGUGGAAAAAAACACCAUGACUGCUGUUUAAAGAUGUAUGGUGUGUGACCUUGGACCACUUUUAAAAAGAUCUUCUUAUCAUUACGUGCAUUGAAUCACAGGGUUACAUCUCUAGGUUCAAAGGUUUUGAUGUAAGGUCACCCAGGUAGGUGGUAAAGUUUUCCCAGUGAUAAUCCCUUAGUCUGCUUGGGUGUCAAAGUAGCAGAGAAUAAACUCCUAGUAAACUGAGACAAUUCAUCAAAAUAUAUGGUGUCAGGGAUCCCCCAAACAUUCAAGUUACAUUGUCUUGCGCUAUUUUCUAGUUGCCCAACCUAAGCAUUCAGCAGUACAUACAUGUUAGUAACUUCUUGUAGUUGGGCUGCAGCCAAAUCCUGUAUAAUACCAAGGCCGUGGAUGUCCUCCUUCGUGGUUGUUAUCUGUCCAGAUAGUGUGCUCAGGUCUUUCUUUAACACUGCCAUCUUGGAAGCGAUGAAGGUCUUUAGAUCUGUUAUCAUUGGCAUAAGAUCUGUUUUUGUGGACAACAGGGGUUCGGAUUGCCUCAGAGAUAAGACCUGUCCACUACGCUGUUGAGACAGUGUGUCUACUGGCUCUUGGUUCUUGUCGUCUGAAGCUGAUGUAAAGCCUUGGGUGAAUCAGGGAGUAGGUCUGCCAUCUAAGGUCCACACGUUUAUGCGAGCAGCAGGCCAAUAUCAAGGGAAUGUUCUUUCCUGGCCCUUGUGAUUUUAGUGAUUUUCAGUUUGCUAACUACAGAAAAAGGUGUUUUUUUUUUUUUAACUCCCUUGUGAGCGGAGAAUCCUUGGAUAGAGAUUAAGAGUAUAUAUUAGUGUACUCAGGGGCGGACUGACAACUUACAGGGCCCUCGGUCAAUAGGAGAUCAAGGGCUCCCCUCCUGGUGCAAGGUCUUUGUGCCGCUCUCAUACAUAAAUGUGCGCGCUACGCAGCAUGGCUGUGUGAGUCAUGAUGUCCCCCAAAUAGGGCUAGAUGUACUUUAAGAGGUUAAUCCAACCAAAAACAGUGUUUUAAUAAAACAUUGUUUUUGAGUGGAGUACCCCUUAAUAGCUUGCCUUACGUUCCUCCCCCCCCCUUUAAAAUAAAGAAAUAAAGCCAAUCUAAUUAAUCCCUUCCUCUGUGUUUGUUGUUUACAUCACGAGCAGCAUCCCCCACAUGUUCAACCAUACAUGUAGCCUCCAAACACGUGUUUGGAGGUUACUUGUGUGGAAUGCUGCUUGUAUUCCUGUAUGUCAACAUGUUGAGUUAGAAUUCAUUGUUUGUCUUGUUUUACCUAUUGUACUGCACUGCAGAAUAUGUUGGUGCUAUAUAAGUAAUUGUAAUAAUUGCUUUUGUGUGUAUAAGGAGGCUGUAUGCAGUAUUGCCAUGCUGGGGAUGCCUGUUGUGUGUGUGUGUGUGUGUGUGUGUGUGUGUGUGUGUAGGGAGGUGCAUGUGGUAUUGAAUGUGUGGGAAUGCUGUUUGUGGGAUUAUGUGCAUACAUUGAGGUUCCUUGUGGGUUUGCGUGUGUGUAUGGAGCUGUUUGCAGUGUCGUAUGUUAGUGGAGAGGGCUGGUUGUGCUGCAGAGAGUGUGUGGAUAGGGGCUGUUGUGUGUGUGUGUGUGUGGGGCAUAGGGGCUAUAGUAGGCAUCUGGGGUAUACUGGGACUGUAGUGUGUGUUUUGUAUGGAUACUAGAGGCUCUACUGUGUGGGGGAGAUACAGAGGCUGCAGUAUGUGUGUGGAUAGUGGCUGCAGUGCAUGAGGGGGGAUAUGGGCUAUAGUAGGUGCAGGGGGGCAUACGGAUGGUGGGGGGAUAGCAGCUGUAGUGUGUGCAGGGAGGGAUAGGGAUGAGAGUGAUGAGGGCUGUAGUGGGUGCAGGAAGGCAUAGGGGUGAGGUGCUUACAGGGAGAGAGAGAGGCUGAGGAGUGUGCAAGAAGGCACAGAGGCUGUGGUGGGUACAGGGAGGGAUAUGAAUGACAGUGAUAGGGCUGUAGUGGGUGAAGGGGCAGUGGGGUCAGGGAUGGUAAAGUGGGCAUAGGGGCUGUGGUGGGUGAAGGGGGCAUUGGGGCUCAGAUGGAUAGAGAGGGCAGAGGGGCUGUGGUGGAUGAAAGGGAGCUCAGAUGGAUAAAGGGGCAUAGUGACUGGGAUGGGUGAAGUGGGGCACAGGUGCUGUUAUGGGUGAAGGGGGCACAGGGCCUGGGAUGGAUAAAGGGGGCACAGGGGCUUACAUGGGUAAAGGGGGCAUAGGGGCUGGGAUAGGAAAAUGGGGGCACAGAGGCUGGGAUAAGAAAUGGUGAGCACUGGGGCUGGGAUGGGUAAACGGGGCACAGGUACUGGGAUGGGUGAAGGGGCACAGGGGCUCGGAUGGGUGAAGGGAGCACAAGGGCUGGUAUGGAUGAAGGGGGGCACUGGAGCUGACAUGGGUGAAAGGGGCACUGGGGCUGGACUGAGUAAGGGGGGAUAUUAGCUUAAUAAAAUAAGAUUUACUUACCUACUGUCUGCCAGAGUUCAGCAGAUUCUGCAGGAGAGGGCAGGGCAGGAAGUGAGGUAACUUCCCCUCUUUCGGCCCCGCCUCUUCCCUUCACACGGAGCUCCGCAGUCAUUGCAUGGAGGAGAACAGCCAGGAGCAGAAGGAUCACUGCCAGGUCUCAGAAGGUGGGGGUAGAGGGGAGGCAGAGGGGGGAAACAGAGAGAGAUAGGUUGCAGGAGCAACCUAUCGCUGAAAUAUGUACAAUUCUGUUUGUUUCUGGCUGGGGAGAUCUGUGAUCUGAUCUCCCCAGCCAGAGCAUGUUAGUGCAGCCUGCCGGGUCCCUGACUGCCUCGGGCUCGCGGUCCAUGACUGAUCUGCCCGGGUGGUCAGUCCGCCCCUUAGUGUACUGCCUAUUUGUUAUUUUUAAUUUAUUUGUCAUCUUUUUGGUAAUUGUUCAAUUGUAUUCACAUAGGGUUAUUACACUUACACUUUGUUUAGAAUCUUUUUUGUGCUUAUGGUUUAUUAUGGUUAGGGUCAUGGCUGCCUAAAAUGCAUCCAAACAUUCAGUAUCUCCUCCCUCUGCAUGCAGACACUGAACUUUCCUCACAGAGAUUCAUGAUUCAAUUCAUCUCUAUGAGGAUAUGCUGAUUGGCCAGGGCUGUGUUUGAAUCAUGCUGGCUCUGCCCCUGAUCGGCCUCUUUGUCAGUCUUAGCCAAUCCUAUGAGCAUUGUGAUUGGAUCAGGCUACCACUUCUGAUGAUGUCAACAGACUGCUUGUUUUUCUGAGUUUAACAGCAUGUAGAGUUACAGCUUCAGGCUUGAAUACAGUAAGAUUUUGCUAUAUUUAUGGAGGCAUGAGGGGCCCAGAAUGGCUCAUGCGCGGGACAUUCCAGCCCAUGUACACAACCCCAAAGGGGAAAAAAUAAGCAAUAUAUAGACUCCAAAAAAUAAGCUCCACAACAUCACGCCGUCCAUGAGGCUCAAAAGAAAUUAUACAUAUGUAUUUCACGUUUUGUUUGCAUCUGUAUAAUAAAGUGCAUUUUAUUUUAGUUGGUUGAGCUCCUCAUUCAUUAUUUUAGUGUAUGGUUUAUUAAUGUAACAGGGUUUCCAUGGGAGUAUGUUAAAAUCCAUACAGUAGUUCUCCUUUGGGGCAGAUAAUAUCAUCCUCAAGCAACAUUUUCUCCAGUUUUUCAAUAGUAGUAUAGUAGAAGUGUGCACUAUUCUUUAUUUUUUUAAAUUUGUAUUGACAUUUUUUGGAGGGUAGGGACUCCAUUAGAAUCUGAUGCACCUCUCUUGAUUAGUGCAAGGGCCACCCAUAUAUUUUUUAUUUGCAAACUGCUUACCUUCCUAUAUGUCUGUAGUCCAGUCAGAUUGAUGAUAUUAGAACUGCAGGAGUGGUUAUGCAGUGUGCAUAACUGAGAGCUUCCCCCGCUCUGAAUUUCCUGUGUGAUUAGGUUACUAGUGGGCAGAUAGGAAGUGAUACUUUCCACUUCCUGUCCAGCUUUGAGUCCUACACAGGAGGAGCUGUGACAGCACUGAGAUUUACAUCCUCCAUAACUGUUCUUGCAGGUCUUAUAUAUGUGACUGGACUACAGAGGACACUGGCCAAGCCUCAUGGUACUUUUCUCUCCCACCAACCUAUUUAACCUCAAAAUAGCACCAUUUUUUUGCACUUAAAGCAAUGCAUAUAGGCAGGUAUCUACUCUGCCUAAUGGGAAUUCCGUCCCUGGAUUUAUGGUAUCUGUAGCCCUCUUAAAUUUAAAGUGUAGGUACAGGAUCCACCUACUUGGUAGAUGUGCUGAAUUUACACUAGAAACAUCUGAAAGCUUGUUCAGGAAAAAGGGAACUAGAAAAGAGAAUUAGAUAAUGGAAUGCACCAUUAUGAGCAGAAAAUAAUGCUAUUUUUCUGCUCGGUAGCAAUUAUGGUCACCCCAACUGUCCUAAAUUGCCUUUCAUACAGCAGUAGAGGAAAGGAGGGUAAUAAUGAAAUGAGGAAUGGAAUGCAAAUAAAAUAAUCUGUAGGCAACGGUUUCAGCAGAAAUACCAACCUUCCGAUGAACACUCAAUGAUGGCAAAUGUAGGCACUGCUGAUGUAUAUGAAGCACAUUUCCCAUGAUGCUCUUCAAGUUCAGUACGCACAUUAGCUGUUAUGAGAAAAUUUCUUCAUACAGACAAUGGGUCUACUGUAUAUAUAGUAAUGAGUGUAUACUAAUCCUGUAUAUACUGCAGUAAUCUUAACAAAUAGAUGAUGUAGACCAUAUCAGCCUGGAGAUAUUGAGGCGUCAGUAAAGUUUUGCAGACAUUUUAUAAUCACAAAGGGAAUUGUCCAACUAAGCCCUUCAAUAACAGCUAUAUUAUUAUAUGAGCAUACAUUUUACAGUAAUUUUCUUUCUGUCUUUUUGUUGUUAGACAUUAUCACGCAUUAGGAUCUGUUUUUUGUUUUGUAGCAGGAAGUAAACCUUUUUUUCUUUUUUUUAUAACUGGAGUUAAUUAUUUUUCCAAACAUAUUAUAUUUCUUAUGAAGAAGGGCUUUGUCAUGUUAGUACAAUCUAAUUACAGAUUGUGCACUGAAGUGCGCACUGAGAACCCAAUUAUUUCAGAGAAUACCAUAAAGCCUUACGAUUGAGAGAGACAUUUUUAAAAACUCUUAAUUUAAAUAUCUGCUAAGUCAGAUUGAAUCUUAAAGGGAUUCUAUAGUGCCAGGAAAACAAAUCCGUUCUCCUGGCACCAUAGAAUCCUACAGUGCCCACCUCUCUCACGCCCAAUAAAGGAUAAAACCCCUUUGGAGACUCGGCUAGCUGGGAACCUGGACGGUCACAUGUUCCAUGAGCUCUGUAUAGCGCUGCCCUAAAAGGCUGAUUUUGGAGAGAAAGAAAUUACCUAAUCCUGCUGGAGACAUGCCUUGGCUGGAGGCUACACCAUGGGUCGUAAAAAUAAGAAACCCAAGCUUGACAAGAGCCCGUUAAGCCAGAAUAUCGAUGACUUAUGCAGGAACUCACAGAGGGCUGCAUGGGACAAUAUGGUGCUCAUAGACGAGGGCUCUUCCUUCUUCUUGGAAGACAUGGCUUAUGACUCCUCAGAGGGCGCCUCGCACAUUGGAAAAAAGAAAAACCCUCCUCGGGAUCCAGUAACAGCGGCCCAACUCAGGGCGAUGCUGGCCCAACUCCGCGUGAACAUCGCUGGCGACCUGGCCUCCUUCAAGACAGCUGUGGAAAACACGACAACUAAAGUGGUACAACUGGAGGCUGACCAUGCCACUCACGAAAGUCGGCUUGCAGCGAUGGAGAAAAGCAUUGAGGACCUGAGCCAGCACCAACAAAGGGCUGAUAGCAGGAUUGAUGCCUUGGAGGAUCAACGACGCAGGUAUAACCUGAAGCUUAGGGAAGUGCCGGAAUCUGUGGGAUUGCCAGACUUCCCUCACUUCAUCAGGCUGUUCUUUGCGGCCUACUUACCACCAAAGCACGCGAAGACUGUGAAACUAGACGGCAUGUUCUGUAUUUCCAAACCGCCUGGGGCACCUCCUUCUGCUACUCCGGACCUGAUCCUCUGCUUUCGGUCUUUUCAAGACAAAGCCCUCCUUCAGGUGGUUGUAAGAGAGAAGACUCCACUCACCUUUGAAGAUGCCACGCUACUCCUAUCCCCGGAUCUCAUGAGAAUUACCCUCUUGUGGAGACGAUCCCUGCGACUGUUACUUCAAUUGCUCCAUACAAAAGAUAUGCCAUAUUGAUAGGGUCUACCCCAUAUAGUCCUGAUUACAGCUUAAGGUGCCACUCACCGAGCGGAAACUUAUCAGGGGCUGGAAAAUAUUCUGAAGAAGCUGGGACUCGACCCACAAACACUGACGCGAGAAGGAGCCUGUCCACUAUAGACUAGGCUAGGGUUUGGGAGUUCACGCCGCGGACGGCGCGGCACACCUCGCCUACCGGCGCCGUAACAUGACUGGGAGUAAGCUGCGCCAAGCAGGCUGAUGUUUCCCCCUGCCAAGAUCCCAUAUAAAACCAGGGACUUAUGCAGUACCACCGUUGAACAGUUGAUAUAACUUUCUUGUUGCUUUCCCUCCUUUACUUUCCCUCCUUUAUUCUUGUUUCCAAAUUAUUCAACAACAUUAUUCAAGUUAGAGAACCACUCAUCUUUUACCCUUGUUAGAGCAAGUGUUUUGUGAUUUCUGUUUGGAAUCUAACAAGGUUGUUAAAUAAUAUUUAGCAAUUUAACACUGAUCGUUAGCAUGGUUUACAUUACACAAAACUGGCAGGGAUACCGAGACAGGAGAAAGGGACAAAAAUGUAGCUGUUUUUUUUUUAAUCUUGCUGACAAAAUCUACGUGCUAUUUGACUCUUGAUACAUUUAUCUGUUUUGCAUAUUAUUUCCUUACUUCUCAAAUUUUUACCUUUCACAUUAAAUUUUAAAUAUCCUAAAUUAUUUCAAUAGUUAUUUAAUUUGAGUUAAAUAAUUAAUAAUUUAGUAAGGAAUUCUGUAUAACAAUUUUUGCAAAUAAUUUAUUAAACUUUUUUUUAAAUCAAUUUUAUACAAUUCAUAUACGUUGACAGAUACUUUUCUCAUGAUUUAUUAGAUUCUGUUAUGAUUGGGUGUACUUUCAUUUAUGUGUUUUAUAUUUCUAAUCUGAACUUUAUUUCAGCUAAAUUCUUUAAUGUGUGUAUUUUGGCAAAGUCUAUACUAUUACGGUUUAAUAUUUUAUUGGAUUUUGAAUAUAACAAAAAGAGAAAAAUCUUUUGUGCAUUAAUUUACUGACCCUAACACUCAUAUUCACAUAAUGGCUUCAAUCCCUGUUCCAUUCCUUGAUGUGCUUCUUUUCUACCUUGCAUUUCACAAAUCCCAUUCACAUUUAAAUUGUAGGCUUGUGGGCAAAGCUAACCUCCUUUAUCAGCGUGUUUCUGUCAAAUGUGGUUUUGUCAUACAUGUAUGUAGCGCUGCAGGGUUUUUAUAUAAAUAAAGAAUAAUAAAUGUUAAACGAAUAGCAAUUUUGUUCUACAGAUCAAUGAUUUCUCAGGACUAUCACAGUUGAAUUUCAUUAAAGGUGAAGGCUGUGAAAGAUACAUGGACCUACGCGCAGCAGUCAUUUUAGAGAUAAAAAGUGAAAAUUUAAAAAAAAUUUAAAAUAUUAAAAAAUCAUAUUUAUCCAAAUAUAGCACAUAUAUCCAAAUAUGGCACCUAAUAUAAUAGAUCUUUACGUACAAUUCUGCUUUGAUUAUUUGACAGGAUCCUUUUUGUGAUCAUUCUAUGAAACAUUUCAAGAAUCAGACCCCAGUUUCAAUGAGUUCCAGUGUGCAACUGACAUUCUGGCAUGACUGUCAUCUAUAAAUUACAUACCUUCCAACAUUGCUCCUCUGGAAAUUGGGGCAGGAGGGCCGAGUCCUCAGAGGUUGUCGGCAGUGAUGCAAACCACAGCCUUGUCCAAAAGGGGCAGGACCACCACCUAACAGGCUGACUGGCUACCCCACAGCUAGCAGGACAAUGCAGGGAGCACUGCUGAAGUGCUAGCUCACAAUUAGUUGCUCUUGCGCUGUUCAGAAGGCUGUAACACCAUACGGAAAGCUGCUGUAGUGCUCCCUGCAUGGUUGUAGUGCCCACUGCGCAGUGCAAGCAUGACUAAUGAUGUGCUUGCGCUGUGCUGCCCAGGGACAGUUCCCUGGUAUCCCCAGAUGAGGGAAACCAGGGAGCGAAAGAGGGACAGCACCUCAAAAUCGUGACUGUCCCACCAAAAUUGGGGCAGUUGGGAGGCAUGGAAUUAAUGGUGGUACAACACUAUUAGAAAUAGUCACAAUAGUGUGAUUUGUCAGGAGUUCAAACUAAAUUUCAUUUUUUGCAUCAAAAAUAGAUUAACUGGAUAAAAGACAGCUAUGUUUUCAGUUUCACUAUUUUGUCUUGAAAUUUUAAAUCACUUUAAUUUCAUGAAUGUGGGCCUAGUCAUUUUUACAAAUCAAUGGAUUAUUAAGCAAUUGACCCCAGAAAAUCCAUAAAUCUCCGCUCCCCCUCUCAUUUUUACCAUGUGAUAUUUGCUUUAGGGAGCAUAUAUAUAUAAUAUAUAAUUUUGUAAUUUUUUUUUAUGACUUCAGUGAAAGAGAUCUUUCUCUUUUAAAUUCUUUAUUUUUAUUUUUGCAUAGUGAGAACAAGCAUGCCUGCCCCGCCACAAUAGCUGGUGCAGGCAAACAUGUAGACAAAUUAUUAUAGCAUUGGUAAGGCAUCUAGGAACAUUGCACAUUUUGAUAAGUUGAAUGUGUGGCAGGUUGGAUAUUGAACCUUGUACAUGCUUAUACGAUUUAACACAAUGAUAGCUUAAGUUAGAGGCAAUUUUGUUUGAGCAGCUGUGUUUCCAUAGUAGUUUUAGAGUGUUCAAUGUUUGUAGGGGGGGGAUAUGUUGUAGGCGAGUUAGGUAAUUAGUUCAGGCUAUUUGUCUGGUGGGGGUGAGUGUCCUGAUUGGUUGUCUGUCUGGCGUAGGUAAGUGUAGAGUAUAUUAGCCUCAUGUGAAGUGUAUAUAUCAUCAGGCUAUGAAUCUAUGCAGUCCAAUGGCAGGGUGAAUGUGGGAUGCGGAUACAAGCUUUGGCGGCUUAUUGAGGGAGCUUUGUGAGUUUGCCUAAGGUGCACAAUAGUCGUGUCCUGGUGUAAGAGUAAGCUGCAGAUCCAUUGGUUUAUCACAGGAUCUUUCUAGUGUCUGUAGUGAGAGCUGUCUUACCACUAAAACACACACAUCCCAGUGUUAAACCGGUUAACCUUAAGCAUGUCUCGUGCCCUAGUCAUAUACUCCUAGAAGGGAGUAUUCUCGUGCAUUUCUGGGUAGUAAUAGGUGCCAGGGUAUUUGUCUGGCAGACCGGUGGCAUUCUGAAUGGGAGGCUUAUAUGGUAUAAACACGCCUAUUUCCCUAGAGCUAGGGUGCCAGUAUGUUAGAUAGGGCACUCUUGGGGCUGAUAGUGCGUAUGCUUUAAGUGGAACGCUAGGCUAAUGCAUUAUUGAAAUGACCACAGGAGUCGAUCAGGCUGCAGAGAACGAUGGUAAAUGUUCUCAGCCCACCCCGUCUGGUGGGGCAAUGCAGUGGUACUGGGAGGUGCCUUCUGGACCCUGAAGGGCGACACCAGUGGUGGCCGCUCGCCGUCUGCUUGGAUUCCAAGUGCUUGUAGGACUUCGUGGCCAAAACUGAGUAAGGCUUUCUGGCCUACUGACUCUGGGCCACCGCGGAUUCUAACAUUCUUCCAACGGUGCCUUGCCUCUAGUGAGGUCACCGUGCGCAAGGUGUUGUACUUGUUGGGUGAAGGCUUUGACUUGGGUGUCAUUGUCAUCUAUCCUCUUUCCCCUUUCCUCUUCCCUGGUCUCGAUCUCUCCCAUGCGCCGGUUCAGGCCUCCUAUCUCCUCUUGCACCCCCGCCAGGUCCGACUUCCAGACCUCUCUCAAGUACCGCAGGAGAUUUUUUAUGUCUCCUUUAGUAGAUGGGGACUUGUCGGAGUCCGAUUCCGACCUCUGGUAUACUCCGCCAUGUGUCUGGGGUGCAUGGGCUGUCUCGUCUUCCAUUGACCGCUCAGAGUCGCUAUAGCAUCGUGGCUCUGUAGGCGCCAUAUUUUGUUGGGCCUGUUGCGGAGGCCUGCUGAAGGAAAGUCGGAUAUCUGGGUGGAUCUGUGCCUCUGUAUGGGCCAGUUUUCUAUGAUUUUUUUCCCAUCUCUCUUUGGGGGGUAUCCCAAGUGCUGUAAGUAUCGAGGUUUUAUCCGUUUUCGUGUUAUAGAAGUCAGAUUUUUGUCUCUGGAGCGGGAGCUCUGUAAAUGUGCGGCCGCUCAGUAGCUCAGCUAACCACGCCCCCCCCCCCCGUCUUUCUCCUUUUAAUCUAGUGGUUUGCAUAGUGAAUGACCAAGAGACCUGGGAUAUGCAGACCAGGGAAGAGAAAUAUACUUAUUCUUGCUUACUCAAAAUAUACCACCAAGAAGUCUCCUAUUUUUGUACCCCCUUCUAAGCAACCUCAUAGUUUCCCACAUUGCCAGUAAUUUAAUAUGAACCUGAAUCUGCCAGAUUACACAUUCUGUUUAUAUUUUGCCACGUUUUCUAAAUUUAAGAUCAAAGCUGUGUUCACGAUUAUGUUUUCCAGCAGACACAAUGCUCCUAUUUCUUACCCAUAAAAUAAAUAAAUAAAAAUGAGAACGGCCUUGUUAAAUUAGAAUGGCUGUGUCAGAUGCAUGGUUCCUUAGCUAUAUUUAUUUAAUAUCCGCCACUUGGCAAUUUUGCUUUCUAUUGAGUGGCAGAAAGAUGCAUUUGUAGCUUCUAUAGAAAAUAAAUUUGAUACACGUCAACUAGACCACUUUAUUUACCAACUAAUCAAUAAAAGAUGGGUUAUGCAUGAUAUUGUUUCAGACAAAAGCCCAAAGAAAUAGCGAGAGACAAAUGUAGAACAUUCUAUAGCUACAUGUACGUCUGAAGCUUUUUGAAGGGCUUGAUGCUUGCCACUGGCAGCGUGAUUGACAAUAAAAAACUAAGUGUAAAGAGAUAUUGAUUGAAAAAGAGAGACGCUCAGUGAUCCCUUAAAGGCAAAGAGAGCACAAUCUCCAAAGUACAAUAAUGUAUCUUUUUGCCCUUAAGUGUGUUUCAGGAGAUCCUUAUUUCCUUUAUUGACAGUCUGUUCAAGUGAAACGUAAGUAGUGCACUUGACUACUGAACAAGAAAACCAAGAAAAAUGCAUUAGCUUCAACGACUGCAUAUUAAACUAUCAUAUAAAGAUGCAAGAAAAAGUCCAUGAUUUUUUAGGGUAGUAUCGCAUUCAGAUCAGCACGAUGAGGAUGGCAGUUAGCAGAAUAAACAUUUUGAAAGGUUGCCAUCUCUAGCGGGUUAAUCACUAGGCAACCUAAAUUUAUGCAUAUUGGCUCUUUUAAUGUAUUGGGCGCUGAUCGGCUACUAAAAGCGAAAUAGGGCUCUAAUUCUAAGUUUGCACAAGAAUAAUUAAAUUAAGUGCAAGAGCUGGGGAUGAGAUACAGUAUUCUGCAGAAGGGGUAUUGUAUAUCAAUUCUUAAUCGAGUCACGUACAGAUAUUGUGCAGUUUCAUUGGUUAACUUCUAGUUAAAGGGACACUAUAGUCCCUAAAACAACUUUAGCUUAAUGAAGCAGUUGUGGUGUAUAGAUCAUGUCCCUGCAAUCUCACUGCUCAAUUCUCUGCCAUCUAGGAGUUAAAUCACUUUGUUUAUACAGCCCUAAUCACUUCUCCCUUCAUGUGACUUAUACAGCUUUCCUAGACACUUCCUGUAAAGAGCCAUCUAAUGUUUACACUUUAAUUUACAGAGCAUUAGACAAAAACUUUUAAAGUAAGUUAAAUCUGAUUGAAAAUGAAACCAUGUUGUUUUCAUGCUGGCUGUGUCAGUCACAGCCAGGGGAGGUUUGGCUAAGGCUGCAUAAACGGAAAUAAAGUGAUUUAACUCCUAAAUGGCCGAGAAUUGAGCAGUGAGACCUCAGAGGCAUGAUCUAUACACAAAAACUACUUAAUUAAGCUAAAGAUGUUUUGGUGACUAUAGUAUCCCUUUAAUAGUUAUUUAUGUCAUUUAAUUUAACUUUCAAUUGUCCUAAAUCAACAAUAAGUUCCCGAUGACAUUUCGGUGACCUAUAUUUCUCAGAGAAUUAUCUAAUGUGUGUGGCUGAGAUUGAAAGAAAGCAGCUUAAUCCAUCUUGAUUUAGGUUAGGCAAAGACAUUUUGUUGUGAUAAUCGUGAGAUGAAAUUAGUUUGUAAUUGAUUAACAAAGGGGUGAGACUCACAAAUGGGAAUAUCUUGGGGCCCAAUAAAUGUUUACCUACGGCCCUGCUAUACACAUCUAUAUCUAUGACAUCAUACUUCAGGAACACCACUCUUUGUAGGAUUCUACAGAGAAAUACAUACAAUUGCAUACACUCAUAUACAUUCCUUUUAUGUGGGAAUUGCACUAAACAGCAUGGCAUACAAUGUAAAUUAUAAUUAAAAACUAUAAGCUAAGGGGAAAGGGGGCAGAUAAUAAGAUGACAGUGAUUUCAUGUAGGGUGAAGUGAAGUCAGAAUCUCAGCUAACACUGAUCUCUCGUUGGCUGAGCCGAGUACGUUUUCACUUUGAGAUCAUUGAGAUAUGAAGUAAAGCCCUUGUCAGGCCUUUAGGGGUGUUUUAACACAUUUAGAAAUAUAGAGAACUAUAUUUGUUAUAUUUAGCAAUAUCCUUCAAGGGUGCAAGGACACCUAGUCCCAAUGUAACUGGCUGGUAGUUUAGGAAUAUGAAGAUAAAGUCUGCAAAAGAGUAAAAAAAACGCUGGUGUGAGGUUCCAACGAAGGUUGGCUAAUGUUGGCAGGUCUUCUAUUUUUAAAAGAACAUCCUUCUGAGGAGGGGUUGGAAGAAAGUAUGUUGAUUGGUUUUACAUUGCCUGUAGAUAAAGGUAGUGUUGUUUGAUACCCUAGAAUAUACAGCACUCCGGAAGUUAAAUUGGCGGAUGGCCAUGGUGCCUGAACAGGUCAUAAUUGUUUCUCACCGGAGUUUGCUAUCAUCCUGCCCUGUUUCACCCUGGAAAAUAGCUAUCAUAUAACCUGGGGAGCUUUAUGUAAUGGUUUUAACUGUGUCUUCUAUAGGAAGACUUGUAGACACUCUAAUCAACUAUUAAAGUGCCUUUUUAUGGCCAAUGAGAGUGAUUCUUGACAACCGCUGUUCCAGCACUAGAAACACUACAAAAAAAUGCAAGUACAUGCAGAGCUUGUUUCAUAUAAGGUAUUUGAAUACCAUUGUUAUUAAUUCCUGCGAAUAGCUAUUUAAUUACAUUGAAAAAUAUACAUUAGAGGGAUUGUUUCCACUUUUCUUCAUCCUAUUAGAAUAUUUGCCUAGAUUGUUAAAGACAUUUGACAGAAUUAAAAGAUAAUUCUAAAGAUAGAUCUUUAGGAAAGCUUAUGGCCUCCCAGAGUAACCUCUACCUCACAUACCUGUCCUUUGCUCUUUCCUAAAGGGCAGCACUUUACUAUCUCCUCCAGCUCUGCUUCACUCCCACCUUAUUUGAUUGUUUUUCACAAAAUUCUUUGUCUGUUUCACCUCGCAAGAAUAUUGCGAAUCAAAGGGACACUAUAGUCACCGGAACCACUGCAGCAUAAUGUUGUUUUGCAUCAGAGUUCUCCACGUAUAUAGUCCACUAUUAAGGGGGCUCAUAUACUGACAUAUUUAGACGUGAGGCUGCCUUAACUGCAAGAAACUUCUAAUUGCUGCCUGAUUGAAAAUCGGGAUAUUUUGAGAAAGCUACCACUAAGCUUUACUAUUUACAACAAUUGUUCUUUACUGUCUUUGUUUAUAGUGACAUGAUUAAUGCAAUAUUUUAUAUAUUUUACUAGGCAUCCCUAGAGCAAUUAGAAUGUCUUGUACUGUGACACUAGUACCUUUAACAUGUAAGUGUUGCCAUGGAAGUAGUGGUAGUAUGAAAGGCAGAAUGCAUGUGAGUUAAUGUUUAUUUAAGUGAGGAUUUGUAUGUCUAUGAUGGAAGGUGCUCAUCAGGGUGUUUUGAGACCCUGGGGUCUCCCUCAUCUUGGGGCAGACUUAAAAUCGCUGCAGCUGAGCGCAAUCAGUGAUAUAAAUGGAUUUAAAUGCUCACUUUGAGCACUCCACCACAUAGCUCAUGUGUCAGUAUAGAGCAAACUAAUUGUGACCCCAGCUGACAGAGGGGACCCGCAUGCAUCAAAAUAUUGUGUUCCCUGAUUUUAGCAAUUCUCAGGUUGGUCGCAGGCUCACAGUCACCCCGGCUCAGUGGGAUUGGUCAGCUGUGGUGACUUGAGAGCUGCACAUAGCGCAUCUGUAAGCCCAGGCGUGACUAAUUCUGGCCUCAGCAGACAGAGGGAAUGCUCACGAAAGAUAUCUAGGGAUCCCGGGUACCAGCUGGGAUUUAAAUCUGCGGGUACUUUUAUUGCAUGACGGUCUGAGCUAUCAACGGGCAUUAAAACCCUGCACUGCAUGACGGCAUAUACCGUGGUUAAAGACACAUUACUGUGAGUUUUCUUGCUGUGGAGCACUGUUGUACAGUAAGAUUCACCAACAAUAUGGAGCUCCUAGAAAAGAGGGACAUUAGGACUGACAGCUGAGCCCUCUGACAGCUGAGACCAGCAAGUAUUUUUUUUUUUUCUUUCUUACUUUACUUUUGAUGCUGAUUGGCUGACAAACAGCUAUUUCAAAUAGAUGUCAAGGAGCAAUACUUGACAGUCAUUUGGCAUGAAGAGAUUUUAAAUACGGACUUAAGACAGCAUCAUCCAAGUAUUUGUUUUGUAAGUUAGAUGAAGUAGAGUUUCCUGUACUGUGUACUUAACAUGAGUAUAAGCUAGAUUCAAGCACCUAUCUUAAUUAAUAGAUACAAUCGUUGUGGUCAAAAACAGUGUAAAGUGCAACUGGCAGAACAAAAUGAUCCUUAAUUUGCAACACUGCACACCAUUGUUAGAAGAUAAGAGAUCAAAUCAAAGCCUGAUUAAGACUGCUGGUCCUGGGCAGGAUGCCAGAUUGGGGCCCUCUACUGGAGCCCUGCUGUUGUGUGUGGUGACUCUGUGUUGUAUAUGUAUGGGGGAGACUGUUGUGUGUUUUGGGAGCUGUUUGUGUGGAGGAGGCUGAGAACUGUAUGGAGUGUUGCAUGUGGUUACUGAAUUUUGUGUGUGGAGGAAUCUGAGUAUUAUGUGUCUUUCUAAGGAGUUCCGAGAAUGGCUUAUUGUUGUGUGUGUGUGUGUGUGUGUGUGUGUGUAUAUAGUGUCUGGGUGUGUGGGGGGGAUGUUUUUUAAACAGUUUGCCCCCCUAAUUCUUACUUUUGUCAGAAAAGGGGUAAUCCAUGGUGGUCAAGUGGAGACCAUUUAGGGCAGAAUAACCGAUUGUCCAGUGGAGGCAUGCUUGAGAGCAGGAUCUCUGGUGGUACAUGGGGGAGCAUUGUGGCCUUCUAAAUCACUGACAAAAGCCGAGAGACCACGAGGGAAUUCUUAAAGGGAUCUGCAACUGACAAAAAAAAAUGUAAAAGUUUAUAAAAGAACACUAUUUAAAGGGGAUCUGUCACUGGAAAUUACACCAUUGAUUACACCAUUUCUUUCCAUGUUAGGCUCUAUUUUCCAUUAAAUAUAUAAAUAUUGGGAUGGAUUCUGUUACUGGAAAAAACCUUAACUUCUGGUUAUUAAAUAGCAUUUCCCGCAUUGAAGCUUAUAGGAAUAUAAACUAUUCAAUAAGUAGAGGUAAAUGUACUCUGGUAAUAGAAUAUAGCUCUCAAUGUUCACUGGCAGAAUAGGGCUGAGCUUAUAACAAUAAUUAGUAGGGAGUCGUGAUGAGGGCACUCAUUUCCUGGAUAGUGAUAAAUACAGCAGAGUGGAUUUGUGCAUUUAUUUUUAUUUUUCAGAACCUAGAUAAAGGAGAUAAUUAAACAGAUUCCUAGAAUUUCAUAAUGUUAUAGUUCCCCUUGAUGCUAAAAGCCAAUUAGCAUCAAUAGUGCUAUUUAAGUUAGUUAAAGCUGUCUACACUGAUCAACCACAAUAUUAAAACCACUUGCCUAAUAUGAUGUAGGUCCCCUUCGUGCUGCCACAACAGCUCUGAUGUGUCAAGGCAUGGACUCAACAAGACCUCUGAAUGUGUCCUGUGGUAUCUAGCACUAAGGUGGGGCUUCCAUGGAUCGGAUUUGUUGCUUCAACACAUCCCACAGAUACUCAAUCGGAUUGUGAUUUGGAGAAUUUUGAGGCCAAGACAACACCUUGAGCUCUGUAAUUUCCUCAAAAUAUUCAUGAACAAUUUUUGCAGUAGCCUGCUGAAAGAGGCACUGUCAUCAAGGAGCACCAAUUCCAUGAAGUGGUGUAUGUAGUCGGCAAUAUUCUCUAAGUGGUACAUGUCAAAGUAACAUCCAUAUGAAUGUCAAGACUCAAGGUUUCCCAGCAGACAAUUGCCCAGAGCAUAAUACUGCCUCUGUCGUCCUCCCAUAGUGCAUCCGGCUGCCAUCUCUUGCCAUCUACCUAUCUAAAAGAAAAAAAACAAGAAUACCCUCUUCCAUUGUUCCAUGGUCCAGUUCUAACACUCACGCCCUCAUUGAAGGCACUUUCAGAGGUGGACAGGGGUCACCAUGGUCACUCUGACAGUCUGCAGCUUUGCAGCCCCAUACACAGCAAACUGCUUGUGUGCUCUGACACAUUUCUAUCAUGACCAACAUGAAGUUUUUCAGCACUUUGAGCUACAGUAGCUCUUCUGUGUGAUCAGACCAGAUAGGCUAGCCUUUGCUCCCCACAUGCAUCAAUGUGCCUUUGAAAUUGAUGCCGGUUCACCGGUUUUCCUUCCUAGCACCACUUUUGGUAGGUACUAAUCACUGCAUACCAGGAACACUCCACAAGAGGCUCUGACCGAGUCGUUUAGCCAUCACCAUUUCUUGUCAAAGUCACACAGAUCUUCUCACUUAAUCAUUUUUCCUGCUUCCAACAAAUGCAAUUCAAGAACUGGCUGCUCACUUGUUGCCUAAUAUAUCCCACCUCAGGUGCCAUUGUAACAAUAUAAUAAAUGUUAUUCAAUUCACCUAUUAGUGGUUUUAAUGUUGUGUAAUUUUUAGGUGGGAUCAAGUCGGUAUUUUAUACUAUAGAGAAUAACUUGUCAGCUAAUCUUUGUUCAAAUGUCAGAAGAGAUGUUUGCCAUUCAUCUUCUUUUUUUCCUUUUUGACCAUGUACCUCUGAAGAAGAAUUCCGCAGACUCAUUACCAAGAUGAUAUCAAGCAGUAGUUUUUUGAGAGUGCAUAUAACCAGUCAAACAAACAAGUACAAAUGUAUAAUUUGAAUAUACGAAACAAAUCCUAAACAAAAUUCUCCCCAUGCAGAAAAUAAAAAAGUUCAAUUUUGUUUUGCGAUAGACUGACUUUUGAAUUCAUUCUACUUGUCCUCUGGUGGUUUAUGUUUCUAUGACACUGCAUUUAUGUCAGUUCAAUUAUAAUUUGCUUGUCAUUACAAAUGAAGUCCAGUAGUUCUAAUGACAUACUUGUAAAGUAAUGUUAAGCUUAGCUCAUGUUAUAUUACAUUUUGCAUGUGAUGCUAAAUUAGUCUAAUGGCCCGACUGCUUAUUGAAGCUCUUCUCUGGACUGUCAUAUGACCAUGUUUUGUACAGUGAUCUUAAUCAAGAUUAAUUCAUGUAAUUAAUAAUGACACUGGAACUGUCAGGCUGGGGAGAAUGGGAAGCUAGAUAAGAAAUGGCUUUCUGUAAACUGUUCCGUUGACAAAUGAAUUGUAUCAGAAUUAUUGUGGGUAUGCUAGCAAUAUAUAUUAGCUCUAAGAGCUUCUUAUUUUUCAUCUGCAUAGACUUUUUUUUUUAAAUUGUAUAUUUUAUGUCUACAUUAUUUACACAGAUUGUAACAUUCUAUUGCUCCUGAUCGCUAUUAUGCUGUUUUUAUCUUUUAUGUACAUUACUACAGUUCAGAAAUCCUGUUUUUAAUAGUGAUGUGCAGAUAAUUUACUUUUGUCAAGAAACUUAGUCACAUUUUGCUUUGUUUUGUCGAAUUUUACAUUAAUUUUUUUAUUCCUCAGAUAAUGGAUCAAAAUAACUUUUUCUGUGAUAAAAAAAAAAAAAAAAUCAUAAAAAAUCCAAAUAAGAUGUCAAGAAUUGUUCUAUUGAAUGGGAAAUUAAUAUAAGACCGAUUCUAAUAAAAAACCCUCUUAUUUCUAUACCUUCCUACAGCUUCUGCUUGCUGCCUCCUGACAGAGUUGUAGACAAAAGUGAGAAUUCAGGUGAAUUUCUGAUUUAAGUCCGAAGUAUCCAAACUGAAAGCAUAGCUGACUUAGAUAUGUUUUUAGAGUUUGGCUUAAAUUUGAAAUCCACUUUGAAUUCUCCAUUUAGUAAAAAAAAACAAAAAACCCUGCUAGUCUCUGAUCAGCCUAAAAAGGAAUAAGGCUCUAAGCUGCUCUAUCAAUUUGUUGACACGUUAGAAAGCACAUAGAACGCUAUCAUGUCCUUCAACCGCAGUUAGGGAAAAGCUUGCUUUAGCAGAACACAAUUUUAUUUGGCGCUUUCCAUACCAAUAUUUUGUAGGCUCGGUCAGGUUUGGCCUCUUUUCUCUUUAGAACCAGUAAAUAGCACUCACAUAAUCAGAGCUAGUCACUAAAGUAAGAAUUCAAAGUAAAUGUAACAUUUUAGGCCAAAGUAUCUCAAUUGACUUAGAAAAUGUUUCUGCAUUUUAUCUAAAUUGUAAUGUACUUUGAAUUCUCACUUUAACCCUGAAGCUAUUCAAUAAAGUCUGAUAUAAACUAUCUUUCUAUGGUGAUGACAAGUAGCAUAUGGGGUGCAUACAAAGCCUCUAUUCUGAGCAGAUUAGGCUGUCUGUUGUUCAAAUCCCCAUUUGCUGGUUAAACAUGAGCCUGCAAGUAGUUUACCUCUGGCUGCUUAGAUUACUUUUCCCAGCUCAGGUAUCUGCAUCAGUAGUAUUAAUUACUGAUUAGUAUAAUUAUGGCUGUUUCUGUUAUUUCAGAAAAUUCUUGUUACUUACUUUCGGGUUUCCAUGUAACAAAUAAGUCACAUUUAAGAGAUCAUUGGUAAUCAACUAGGUAUCCUAGGUUUUAUAUGGCAAUUGAUAGCUCUAUUAGUAUUAAUGCUUUAUUGGUCUUGUUAUCUUGAACCUAUUUCUUAAAGGGACACUCCAGGCACCCAGACCACUUCUGCCCAUUGGAGUGGUCUGGGUGCCAACUCCCAUCACCCUUAACCCUGCAAGUGUAAUUAGUGCAGUUUUUAUAAACUGCACUAUUUACCUUGCAGGGUUAACAACUCCUCUAGUGGCUGUCUAUCAGAUAGCCACUAGAGGGACUUUUGUUUUCUUAAAACACGAAAAUUGUUUAAAUGACGCUGGAUGUCUUCGCGCUAUGCAUGAGGACCUCCAGCGUCACCGGAAUCCCCAUAGGAAAGCAUUGAAGGACUAAUGUGCGCGCGGCCAUUGCUGCACAUGCGCAUUAGGUCUCCCCGGCCGGCUGACGUCGGCGGGGGAGAAGAGUAGGCGGAGCCUGACCCAGCGCCGAGGGACAUCAAUGCUGGAUUCAGGUAAGUCACUGAAGGGGUUUUAACCUUCAGCAACAUGGGAUGGGGGGUGGGAGGGAGAGGGGCACUUCAGUAACCUGCAGUGCCAGGAAAUGAAUAUGUUAUCCUGGCACUGGAGAGUCCCUUUAACUGACACUUUGUAUCCAGGAUGUUCCCUGAGAUCGAAUACCAUUUGAUUGCCGACCAGCAGACUCCAAGGUACCCUCUUCAUGGGCUCUGGAUAAAAGAGGAGUCUCCAACACAUAAGACAAUAAUCAAUAAAUCAAUAUUAAAAACAAUAUUUAAAAGGGCAAGGAAAACCAAAAAUUAUUAACAAAUGGUGAAAUAAAGUGAAUACUUUUCACCAAUAAUAAGGUUUCCAAAAGCACAACCUUAUUUUACCUUACACUGUAUACCACUAUGUUUGGUGGGUAUUUAUAGCACUGUGCACACUUUAUACGUUGGUUUAAAGGGAGGAGCUAGCUUACUGGUUAAUGCUACCAUGUUGAUUGAUAUGCAUUAUUCCUUAUUCCAGCUGUGGAAUACUUAACAAGGCUAGGGAAGGGGUAGAAUAUUAAGGAUGAUACAUGUCUUAUUGAAUCACGUCAUCUUUCAAUAUCUGUUUUCUUCAAACUAGCAAUUUAUAGAUGAAGCAAGAUGCACACACCACAACUAAUACAAUCCCGACGACAGACUAUUGGUUAAAUAUGCUAUUGGUUUACGUUGUAUUUGAAAUCCUGAAAAUGAAUACAGAUGUUUUAUGAAUUAAAAUGUGUGUACUCUAGGCACCGACCCAGAAGAAACUAUUCUGAAUGCUUUCAAGAUUUUUGACCCAGAUGCAAAAGGCCAUAUAAAAGCAGAUUAGUAAGUUUAUAUAUUUUUUAUUGUAUUACUUCAAUAGCUCAAACAGUACUUUAUCUGUCAUUGGUUUCACUCACUUAAAAACCAUGUUUCAAAGCUGUUCGCUGUUAGUAAGAGAUUCUUAAUGUUCAUGUGUCCACAUGAGGCUUAUAAAGAACCGAUCUGUUCAGUUAUAGGCUGCAAAAAUAAAGAAGAAAUGUAAUCUAGAUAUUAUGUUUAUGUACUGUGCGUGUGUGUGUGUACAUGUAAUCAGUAUAUUCUUAAAUAUUCUCAUCCUUUAUGUGUAAAUCACUGCUGCCUCCCACGUCCUAUCUUCCACUUAUUCAACAGACGGACACCUCAUACAUUUGCGCAUACACACAUGACAACCUUCACCCAUGCACACACUCUUGCACCAUAUACCCAUUCACUGACACUAAAACAUAGAUACAUACAUACACGUAUCAUCAUCAUCAUCAUCAUUGCUAAUUAGGUGUCACUUUACCCCACUCCCUCUAGCCUAUAAGCUCAUUGAGCCGGACCCUCAACCCCUCUGUUCCUGUGGGUCCAACUUGUCUGGUUACAACUACAUGUCUGUUCGUCCACCCAUUGUAAAGCGCUGCGGAAUCUGUUGGCGCUAUAUAAAUAAUAAUAAUAAUUAAACUUGUUAAUCAGAAUGUAAACCCACUGUAUAUUUCUUUACUUAUAUAUGAAUAUAUGUUUGUUCAACAGUAUCAGAGAAAUGCUAUCGACUCAAGCAGACAGAUUUAAUCAAGAAGAGGUAAAUAUGCUUUCUUCGUUUUCUGGGACAGUCGGAAUACAUGAAUACUAUUGCUUUGUUGGAAUAAAUUAGUUAUUUCAACCUGUCACCAUAUUAACGCUAAAGUUUACCAAAUUAAGUAAAAUGGUUGAAUAUUAUGGUCCACCUUUUUAAAUUAAAAAUGAAUAAUCAAAAGUAGCUAUUUAAAAAAAUGUUUUACUCUAACAACAUGGCUGAAUGGUAUUUCAGAAAAAACCCCGCGAAUAACCAGUGGUUUAACUUUCAACAGCAAAUCAGUAUUUUACAAUUUAGAGCAAUUUGAUUAGUUUGAUUGCAAUAUAAUUCACUAUAUUUAUGUUUUUUUAUGUCGGAUUAAAAAAAAUGUAAUAAAAAAAAUAAAACUCAAAUUCAACUGAAUUUGUACAAAACUAAAUAUAACCAAACCAUCCUGAUAUUCCUCAGCAUUCUCCUAAUUUUUUACUCCAUAUUUUAAAUAUGCCAGCCUACUGUAGUGGUGCUAGGAGUGCCCUAAGUGCCAGUGCACUGCAUCUGGUCUUCUCCUUCAUGACAUGCUAAAAGGUUCCAUAGAGCAAAUCGAGCAGAUAAAGAACCACACUUAUUGGCUGAGAACGCGUAGCUGUUGUUCUAAGCCAAUGACUGCAGUACUGCUUUACUUUAAACUGUAACAUUCGGCUUCUCCAGCUGAAGUAAACCGGAUGCAAUGCAGGCUACCCAGUGGGACCCUGCUAAGUUCUAAAACUAUACUAAAACAUUCUGACAUCUUAAAAUGGAACACCGCCAGGACACUCUUGGCACCAUUACCACUACAGCAGUUUGUGGAAAUUCAUGGUGCUUAAAUAGCUCCUUUAAAGGCAAACUGGCAUGGUCCUAGGUUUCCUUUAAGAAUAGAAUAUCUGAUUAUAAGCACUAGUUGGGGCAACACAGUAACAUGAUAAAGCCAAAUACAGAUUUCUGUGAGUAGAUACAUUUUAGGGAAUGCACUUGUUGUUCUCAUUAAUAGAUCACAAAAUAGAUAUCUUGGUCACUAACCUGCUGCCAGAUAGGGAUUAACGAUGUAAUUUUUGCAAUAGCAUUGCUACACAUGUGCACCACAUUGCAUUGCACAACAUGAAAUAUAUCAAAAUUAUAUGAAAAAAAUUAACACAAUUUUACUUUAUUGAAUUCGGAUGCAAGCUUUUUUUAUGUCUUGUUUUGUAGAUCAGCCAGAUGUUUAAUGCCUUCCCUCCAGAUGUGGCUGGCAACCUCGAUUAUAAGAAUUUAUGUUACAUUAUCACCCACGGUGAGGAGAAAGAUCAGGAGUAAGAAGAUCCCUUCAUGGUUUGCGGAAGGUUCUAGAUUUGUUUUUACUUCACAAAUUAUAAAUAAAUCCUCACGUGUUGGAAUUUGUGUUAGUUCUCGUGUAGAUUAUUUCAUGUUCCUAUAGAUGAAACCUAUUGUGUCACGAAAAAAAACCACAAAAUGAUUCAAAGAGUAUUUUACCUACAAGUGAAUAGUCUUACUGACUUGAAAAUUGGCAUUAAACGUUGUGAAUAAAGCAAAGUGGCUCUACCCAAACAAAAUUG